AUGUUGAGUUUCUUCAUCUUGGCUGCACUCUGUCUACAGGGUGUCCUACUGGAACAAACACGACUUCUCGAGCAAAGAAAACCUUUUUUUGAGCGUUUCCGGAGACUGGAGGAACAGGUGGGUUUAAGACUGAAUUUUGUGAUACAUAGGGAACUUUAUUUGUAGACCAAGGUUCUGUUUUGGGAUAAGGUGGGGAUAUUUUUAAACAUCGCAUGUUGAUCCUCAGUAAGUUAGGUGUAAGGAAUACAUGGUUAAGGCGAUUUGGGGUGAUUGAGUGUCCUUGGACGAGUGGACAGAUUUGUGGGGUCUCUAUGAAAGUGGGCAGAUUCUCAGGGGUGGCAGGUGCCAGGGGUGCUGUUAUUUGCUAUUUUCUUUAGCUUAAUACAUUUCUUUUUAGUUGCGUUACAAACUCUGAAUUGUGAAAUCCCAUUUCAGCUCUGCAGGUGUGAUAAGUGAUCUUUGUCAGGGAAGCAGGGCACAGAAUGUAUAUUUUCUUUCAUCAGUCCUACUUUAGAAAAAUAAACUGCAUCUUAAAGCUUUUAUUUUUCAACUUGUGGACCACCUGCACUUUUUGGACUGCAGUCCCAUGACCCUAAAAGACUGAGUUGACCUAAUUUUAACAGAAGGAAGCUUUCCACCACAAGAUUUAGUCUGACUGAGCACAGUGAGAGUUUAACUUUGAUACAUGUUUUUCUUCAUGCUGAUGGGAGGCAUAUGAAAAGGGCUGCCCUGUGGUUUGUAGAAUUCAUAGGCAGUAUUAGAGAAUUCACGUAAAUUUUCCCUUUAAUUCCUUUGAGAUUCCUUGUGAAUUGAUUAGUUAUCCAUCUCGCUGCAUAUGAAGUCUACAUCAUGUUGGGCAGCACUUUUCCUACACUGCCCAUCAGCAUUAGAAAUUUAAACUUGCCCGGGAAACCACGGUGGUACUGGCAACACAUUAUGGAAUGCCUGAGGCCACUUGUCCCCUUUAAUAGAAUACAUGAUAUCACCAUGGAUGUAACUCUUUCAUUGUCAGAGAACGAGGCAAAACCUUUCUUGUCACCGUAGUGAACCAUUUAAAUAAAAAAUGCAUGAGUUUACUAGUCAUAUGCCUUUAAGAAACAGACACUGUAAUGUAGACCACCGCCCGAAGAUUUAUUGCUUAUGAGACAUGAACGUAAAUACACACGGCCUCUAAACGUCGUCAUACACAUUAGAAAUCUGAGCCUUUCUUGCAUCUGCCAGAAUUAGGAUUGCCAGAUGUGUUUUCCUGGCCAUAUAUCUUUUUCUUUUUCUAUGAUGCUGCUGGUCAUCAUAUGAAAAGUACUACUCUGUAGUAUGUAGCAUUCUUGUGCUGCAGAGGAGAAUGCUUAUCAAAUAAAUUCUCAUAAGGUUCCUCUUAAAUUAGCAAACUGAUUCCAUUCAUGCAGCAUAUAUAUGGGAAGGCACUAGCUUUCAUGGAUUGCCCAUCUACAUAAAAAAAGGACACGUGUCCUAGAAAAACAUGGGAACACUGUCAGCAGGACAGGUUAAACCAAAACUAUAUGUUUAAACAAUAAACUAUAUGUUUAAACUACAUUAACCACAUUUCUAGCUAAAACUCUAAAUACAAGCUGAAAAGAUUCCCAAGAACUAGUAAAAAACAAAUAAUUUAUUUUUCAUUAGCUUCUCUGGCUACGAUGACAUUUGGUUUUUCUAUACUGGCGUUAUGGUAGCCUGUAAACGGUGGACCGGGACAGAAAAUUCUCCUCCUUUGACACUAAAUUCCUGUGUUAUUUCCUGCAGUUUCGGAGGUUCCAGGAAGUAACGCUAACCCGCCUCCAUGGGAUUGCUGAAAACUACAAUAUUUCAUACAAUAUCGAUGCACGUUUCCACCAAAUUAUGGACCAGCAACAGUCGUAUACAGAAGCUGUCAAUGUCUCUAACCAGGUGACUCAGAACGAGCUGAAUGGGAUAAAGUUUUGGCUGAAAAAACUGCAGAAAAAAAACAAAAAAUUGGACUUAAAGAUGGCCUCUUUGGAGGACACCAUAACUGAGCGGAAUAAGCAGGUGAUAAGGGAAAACAAAGUACGAGAUGUUGCCAUGUCCAACUUGACAUUAAAUUUUAACAGCCAGAAACGUGUGAUUGACCAACUAGUAAAGGAUAACAAUCUCCUGAAGAAAGGAAUGGAGAUGUUUCGGGAAGUUGUAAAGCGACAAGGUGGCAAAAUAGCUACUUUGGAGGAACAGAUUCGAGAAGUUUUGCAAAAUGAUGUUUUACCACCAAAUUCUUUGAUGGCCACUCAAGAGCUAAAUCGUACCCCAGAAAAUAAGCCACUUGGGUCUCCAGGAACUAACCCUGAGACAAUGACUACCAAACACCGUAUGGCUAAACUUCAGAUGAAGCAUGAACAGACGAGGAGGCUCCAAAAUGAGCAGCAGCAACUUAUUCCUGCCAAAGGGAAAAUAGUUCAGGUCGUAAGCCACCAUGAGAACAAGUCCAAGAAUGUGCUUCCAACAGAAGAAGAAGCACCCGGCAUUCAAACCAUUCAACCACCACCGAGUGCGACAGAAAAGACACCACUUGGCAUUCAUACAACUAAGACAACACCAUAUGUUGCAAAGGAGAAACUACCUGGUAUCAAAACUACAAGGGCACCACUGCCUGCCAUGCAAGAGAAACUACCUGUUAUUGAAACUACCAGGCCACCGCUACGUGUCACACAAGAGACACCACCUGCUGUUGAAACUACCAGACCACCCCGACAUGUCACAGACAGUAAACCUUCUGGAAUGCAUACUGUCAACCAACACGUUACUGUGGAGAGAUCUCCUGGCAUACUGACUCCCAAUUCCACACCACAUGGCCCUGAGGUCCAAAGACAUACAGAGCAGAGUACUAAGGUGCCGGGUACAAGUAAGUCAACUGUUAGGAAUAAGGUUUAAAGUGACGACAAAUCCUGAUUUUAAAGGAACACCAUGGGGUCAUUAAUACAAACAUGUAUUCCUGACACUAUAGUGUUAAAAACACAUGUAGGGUAUCUGGCCACACCCCUUGCCCACCUUUUUUCCAGCGCCGCAGAGUUGAUGAUCUAAGCCAAUCACAAUGCUUACCCAUAGGAAAAUAUAGAAUUGGCUGAGAUAGUCAAUUCUGAUGAUCUCAACGAAGGAGGUGGGGCGGGGCCAAAUGCCACCCUAGCCAAUCAGCAUCUCCUCACAGAGAUGCUUUGAUUCAAUGCAUCUCUAUGAGAAGCGUUCAGCAUCUCCAUAUGCAGAGCUUGGAGCCGCAGAAAAGCAGUUUCCCAGGAAGCAACUCUAAUGGCUGUCCGAGUUUUGGCCACUGGAGGUGUUCCUAGGCUGUAAUGUAAACACUGCCUUUUCUCUGUAAAGGCAGUGUUUACAACAAAAUGACUGCAGGAACAUGCUAUAGACACCAGAACAACUACAUUAAGCUAUAGUUGUUUUAGUGACUAUAGUGUCCCUUUAAAUAACUGUUAUUUUGAAGGUGAAUUUUUCCAUUAUCUCCAUUUGUAACCGACAGCUGUGAAUUCUUUAUGCUGUUGGUUUAGGCAUUUAAAGUGCUGCCCAGGAGUGUAACGAUUUACAACACUGCUAUAAGGAAAUGUAUUGAUUAAUUAAAGAAGGAACGCUCUGAUUAGUGAAUUGAGUUUUGCUGACUGCUGUGUGACAGCAUAUUUCAUGAAUCAAUCAAAAAAGUUACAGCAGUGAAUUGGGCAACCCUUUGUAUGUGCAUUGUGUGUACAUACGAAAUAUGAUUUAUUUUUAAUAAUCAAUAAUGGCGAUCUGCUAAUUUUAUAUAUGUAGCAGUUGCAAUAAAAUACAACCAAGCCAGUCUCAGCUAUUUAUAAUAUUGUUCGCAUUUUCCAAACAUAUGUUUUAAAUUCCAGUUUAGAAUAGCUGUCAAAUACAAAAGCAGGCUGCCCACUGAUUUACAGGAUGCCUGUGGGGGGCCAAACUUUCUCAGAUUCCUUUCAUACACUGUCUCUUGCAGGCUGCCUACUUCAGCUGCAAAUGUUAACUAAACAUUUCAUAGUGAAAGGGUCUUCUUUGAAGUUUAACCCCUUAACUACUGACAUCGCUUACACGUUUUUACUUACAUUUUGCUUAGAAAAAAAAUGUAGCUCAUAAAACCUCAAUUUUUAAUCCAGAGACUGACCCCUUAAGAAGAGUGGGACUGGGGAAUAUGUGUGCUUUCUGCCUGGUCUCGAUCCUCAGUUAUUAGCCCAUGUCAGGGUUCAGUGGGCAAACAUUUUGAUUUUUAAAGGACACUAUAGCCACAAUAACCACUGCAGCUUAAUGUAGUGGUUCUGGUGUCUAUAGCUUGACCAUGCAGGCUUUUCAAUGUAGACAUCUUUUCACAUCUCUAUGAGGAGAUGCUGAUUGUUGCAGUCAGUGGCGUACAUACCAGGGUCGCAGGGGUCGCGGCUGCGACCGGGCCUGGACCACCAGGGGGCCCGGCCGACCCUGCGACCCGGUAUGUAGCCACAGGGCCAGCCUCUUCUCCUGGGGGGCCCAGGAGCCGACCAACCCAGGGCCCCCAGAGGCUGGCCCUGCUGUCACCGGGCAGGCGGGUGGCCGGUCGGGCAGGCGGGCGCGCGAGGAAGCACUCAGGGGAAAGUGCUCCCUCGCGCGCCGCCUGCCCAGACAGACAGCCCGCCCACCCAGUGAACUGCCGCCCAGGAGCCCAGCAGCAGCACCACUGGACCCCAGGGAAUCCCCCCAGCACUCCAAUAGGUAAGGAGGCUGGGGGGAUUAAAUUUAAAAAAUAAAAAUGUGUUAGUGUGUGUGUGUGUCUUAGUAUGUGUGUGUUAGUGAGUAUGUGUGUGUUAGUGUGUGUGUGUGUGUUUAGUAUGUGUGUGUUAGUGUAUGUGGGUCUUAGUAUGUGUGUGUGUUAGUGUGUGUGUGUGUGUGUUAGUAUGUGUGUGUGUGUUUAGUAUGUGUGUGUUAGUGUAUGUGGGUCUUAGUAUGUGUGUGUGUUAGUGUAUGUGUGUCCUAGUAUGUGUGUGUUAGUAUGUGUGUGUGUGUUAGUAUGUGUGUGUUAGUGUAUGUGGGUCUUAGUAUGUGUGUGUGUUAGUGUGUGUGUGUGUUAGUGUAUGUGUGUCCUAGUAUGUGUGUGUUAGUGUGUGUGUGUUAGUGUAUGUGUGUGUUAGUGUAUGAGUGUGUGUGUGUGUGUUAGUGUAUUAGUGUAUGUGUGUGUUAGUGUAUGUGUGUGUGUGUUAGUGUGUGUAUUAGUGUUUGUGUUAGUGCGUGUGUUAGUGUGUGUGUGUCAGUGAGUGUGUCUGUUAUUGGGUGUGUGUCUGCUAGUGAGUGUGUUACUGUGUGUGUCUGUUACUGAGUGUGUGUUUGUCAGUGAAAGUGUAUGUGUAAGUGAGUGUGUAUGUAUGUCUGUCGCUGAGUGUGUCUCUGUCAGUAAAUGUGUGUGUCUGUUAGCUAGUGUGUAUGCGUCUGUUCGUGAGAGUGUGUGUGUGUCUCUUCAGCAUUUACCUUUCUCCAGCGUCGGUCUCCCCAGUGUCCGCCUCUCAGCUCCGAAUGCAAAUGCGCGGCAAGAGGCGCGCGCGCAUUUAAACCGCCCAUAGGAAAGCAUUACUCAAUGCUUUCCUAUGGACGUUCAGUGUCUUCUCACUGUGAUUUUCACAGUGAGAAUCGCUGAAGCUCCUCUAGCAGCUGUCAAUGAGACAGCCACCAGAGGCAGGAUUAACCCUCAGUGAAACAUAGCCGUUUCUCUGAAACGGCUAUGUUUUCAGCUGCAGGGUUAAAACUAGAGGGACCUGGCACCCAGACCACUUCAUUGAGCUGAUGUGAUCUGGGUGUCUGUAGUGGUCCUUUAAGUGUGUGUGCAUCGCGGGGUCGCAGCCCUGCAACCCCUGCGACCGGGUGCCCGCCGCCAUGUGUUGCGGCCCCGACCCGCGCCAAGUAAGCGCGGGGGGGAGGGGGGGGCCCACGGAUCAAUUUUCGCACCGGGGCCCCAUGGGUCAUGUGUACGCCACUGGUUGCAGUCCUGUGUUUUGACAUUCAUGCGCAGUAGCCUCCAAAUGCUUUGCUAUGGGAAAGGAUUGGAUUGGCUGACAUCAUCACGAUUGAUGACUUCAGCCAUGGAAGCAGAGCCAGCUGUCAUAAGACCAGCGCGGGGAGGGACAAAAGGUUAUUAAAAUCACCUUUUCAUUCCGCUCUGAGUUUGACCAGAGACCUAAUCAGCCACUCCAGCACUAUAGUGUUAGGAAUACAUUCAUAACUCUGUAACAGGCUUCACAAAACUCUGGCCCUCCAGAUGUUGCUGAACUACAACUCCCAUGAUUCUCAGCCCAUCUAUUUAAUUCAUAGAAUCAUGGGAGUUGUAGUUCAGCAACAUCUGGAGGGCCGGAGUUUGAGGAAGCCUGCUCUAUAAUGUUCCUUUAAAAUUAAAUGUUGAUUUAUAAACUAAAGGGCUACAAUCAAUCAACUUUGCAAUAUAGCAUGUAUUAUAAUAAAAUAUAUAAUAUAAUAAAGACAAUUCCCUGUCAGCGAUCUAACAUAAAAUGCUGUAAUAUCUAUUAUAAUUGUAAAUGAAUGUAACUGAAUGGUAACUUUGUUUAUUCCAGCACCAAUCACACUUUCUGUCGUUUCACCCGCUUGUAAGGGCACUGAGGUCUAGCCACAUGUAGGGGUUCCAGACUAUACAUAGUCAUACAGCUAUUCUGAGAAAGUUUAGAUCAUUUACUAAUAACAAUAUAUGAAACUAUAAUGAAAUUUACUGAUAAAUUACUAAGACUGAUUUCUAAAAACAAAAGUUCAGAAUAGAUAAGAAGAAGGAUUUCUGACGCUGGCACUUCCCAAACCGCAGUCUCUUCUUUCUGACCUUUAGAAUAGGUGAUACUGGAAAGGGGUGUAGGGAAGCAGCGCCUUCACCCCAACAAUAUGGAGCUCCUACAAGAGAGGAACAGAGGGGAAAAAAGGAGAAAGAGAGAUUUUGGUCCAAAAUAGGGACUGUGCUCCUAAAUCGGGACAAUUGGGAGGUAUGUUACAGCCCUUUAGAAAGGUACACAAAGGGAUUUAUUCACUAAAACUGGCAAAAUACGUAUAAGGAAAAAUCAAGCUGUGGCUAUAGCUAGGUUGGAGAAUUUUUACUUACACUUUGAAAUUCAGUUAUCAACAAUUCAGCAUUUUCGUGAAAACAUUCCAGAGAGGUUUAUUUACGCAACUAGAAUUUGUGGAGAAAUGGCAACGGAAUUAUGAAUUCCAGGCCAAAGGAGCUGUGCUCGGAGAUUGGGCGAAUUAGCGAAUGUUUUCCUUUUCAGCUAUUUUUGGGAGAAAUUGGAGUAAUGGGAACAAGAUAGAACUUUUUUUUUUUGUUUUUUGUUUUUCUAAACUGUGACAGCUGGAUGAAAUGAAUUAUAUAAUUCAAGGUUUUAUAUGCUUCCGCUUAUUUGUGAAUGUGGGAGUUUGGGAAAAUGGUAAUCCCUAGUAUCCACUAGAUGUCGCAGUUGUCUCUAUAAUAUCCUGGUAGGUCUGCGCACGGCUGAUAUCGCCAUGAAGCUAAUUUAGAGUUAUUCACUAAAAUGAAACCUCAAACCGGAAUCUUAAAUUUAAGGCCAGAUUAGUCAAACUGGAAAAAGUCACCAAAUCAGCUAUGCUUUCAGUUUGGCUACUCUGUCCUCAUUUUUGAAAUUCUGUUUGAAUUCUCACUUUUUACUAAAUAACUCCAUAUUACGUGUAUCACCCAUAUAGGACACUAAAAGCGGUAUAUAGAGGGUUCAUUCAGUAAACACAGAAUUGUAGAGAACUGAAAUAUGAUUUGCACAAUUCAGACUAGAAUACUAAACCGUUACUACAGUUGAGUUGGUAUUUUUCUUUUUAAAUCAGCAGGUUUUGAUCAGAUUCUGCAAUCCACAUUUCACGUCUAUAAUUGAGCAAUUUAGUUAGUAGCCCUGUUCCCAUAUCAGCGGCAUUGAUAAUCCUGAAUUAUCAUUUCACCAUUUUCAAUCUUAAUUUCGGCCAAUUUGGAAGCAUUGAUUGCUUGAGAAUGCCCCAGGUGCCAGGAGUGACAGUGCCAGGGUACACUAUACAAGUACAGUGAGAUUAGAGCUGAUAAGAGGACAUUCAUUUUCCAUAGGUUCCCCGGAUACGUAUCAAUAAGAGUUUCAGUUUUUCCACUAAUAUAUAUAUUUUGUUUUUCUUUCUCUUCCCAGUUUGUAAUGUGGAGUCCAUGCUGACUUUCCCAAGUUCCUCUACUGAAAGUUAUGUCACCUUUGGUAAAGGCCUGAGAGAGGGCCUUCAUGAAUUUUCUGUCUGCACUUGGGUAAAGACCAAUGCCAGCUAUGUUGGAACAAUCCUUUCCUACGCCACAGAAGAUAAUGACAACAAAUUUGUUAUCCAUGGCAGGAAUGGUGUAGACUAUGACUCCCUCCAUUUUGUCAUCGGUGAUCCAGCCUUUCGGGAGCUCCCCGUGGUGCAUCUUAUCGAUGGAAGCUGGCAUCACACCUGCUUCAUUUGGUCAUCCAUCCAGGGCAGAUACUGGUUUUAUGUUGACCGCAGGUUGGCUUCCACAGGUUCCAGGUUUCAGAAAGGUUAUGAGAUACCUCCCGGGGGGUCGCUGAUUCUCGGCCAAGAACAGGACACCAUGGGUGGAGGAUUUGAUAGCUCAGAAGCUUUUGUUGGACAUCUGGCUGGCUUUGCAAUGUGGAACAGGGCAUUAUCUCCUGGAGAAGUGUCUGGCAUUGCCACCGGGAAAGGUUUACCCAGAGGCACCAUCCUUACCUUGUCUGAUGCCUCUAAGUUGCAUGGGUCAGUGAAGAGAGUGGAGUGUACCUGCCUGGAGCACUGUCUGUAGACAGUACUGACACAUCUGAAGAAAAAAGAAAAUAAAUAAUAAUAAACCAUGUAUUUAUUUCCUAUCUCAAUAUUUUCUUAAAAAAACAUGAACUAUGACAAACUUUGUGGACUGCUGGCUAUAUUGUAAUAAGGUGACUCUUAGAAGAUUCCAUCAUAAACAACCACGAGUCACUAACCCAUGGAAUAUAUAUAUUGCUUAUAUAUAUAAGCAAAUCACAUUCCUAUCAUUUUAGGUUAUGAAGUAAUCCUCCCCAUCCAAUUCCAUAAAGGACAAUUUCUCUUUAUAAUGAGUCAUACUAUUUCAUUUUAAUUUACAAUAAUAAUGUCAAACAGCAGGAUUUGAUGAGUGAGUGCUGAAUGCACCCAUCUUUUUUUUUUAAACAAAAGUCAUGGUUUGGACCUCCUAAUGAUGAGUAUUUACAAUUAGCCCCUACAGAUCCAUUGUAAAAUAUAUGGUGUAUUACGGACCGUGAUUUAAAUGUACAUUUUAAACUUCAGGCCAAAAUAGUUCAAUAGCAAAGAUUCUGCAAGUCAGCUACCUUUGCAGUCUGGCUAUUUUGAUUUUUAAACUUUAAAUUCAUUAUCAAUUCUCUUUCAAGUCCUGAAAAUUCACUAUAUAGUGAAUAGCCGCGCUAAUGUAAUUUUGUAAACUGGAGUGAACAGCUUACAGCAUUAAAGGCUGUCCAAGAUUGAUGGGAGUUGUAGUUUAAUCCCGAAUUGGAUGAAACGGUGCUUUAUAUUCGCUGUCCAAUCUGGGCUGGUCUCAUAUCUAAUGUUAUUGUGUUAUGGCUAUGUAUCUGUAAAAUAAUGUUAAACGCGUCUGGUAUUUGGGGUACAUGACAACUGGUGUUGUGGAAAAAUCUGGACUAAUUGCUGCAAGUAUUAUUAUAACAGUAUGAAUAAAUAUUAUAAGAACAUCUUGUUUUGGCUCAACAAAAAACAUUAAUGUGAACUUUUUACAAAAAAAAAUUGUGCAGAUUUUUUUUUUUAACGUAGUAAUGAAUAGCAUUAAUAUGUAAUGAAAAAGUAAUUUGAUCAUUGUGUGGUGAAAAUGUCCUGGAUUCCUUUGAAGAUGACUCAUUGGCAUAAGUAAUAAGCCAUUAAUACAGUAAUUAAUACAUUUGCAAUCUCCUCCCAUAAAUAUUCCCACUGUGGUAUUUCCCAACCAAAAAAUGGUAUAAGGUCUCCAGAGGUUUACAUUGGAAUUAUUUAAUGUCCCAGAGGUUGAGGGCUUUCAAACCAACUAUGGUCUAACAGAGUUCCUUUCCCAUGCACCCCACCCGAAUGCCAAUAUUGUAGUAGGGCCUCCUUCUCCUUUCAGACCUGUCUAUCAAUCUAGCUGUGGCCGCACUAAUUUAAGUAUUAAACCUAUAUUAAAAACAUGAAUCAUGGAUACUUGUUGUGCUCUGUUGAUUAAAUGGAGUGUUACAAUUAUUUUUGGAUGGCACUGUUGUAUUUCACCACUCUAUACAAUUGGCAGACACUUCAUACAAAUAAUUAGUGAUUUUAAAAAUUUCGAGAAGGUUCCUAGUCCUAAGAGCUUGUAUUGUACUAGAAAUCAGCCUGUUUAAUACAUUUGCCAUGGGAGGUCAUGUAAACAGGACAAUUUGAAGGUCACCUGUUAGGUUCAGAUGUUUAGCAGAGCUUUAUGGAGGCUUGUAAAAUGGUAUUCCUGGAAUGUGUUUCAGAAAAAGUCAACAAACAUUUCUUGUUUUUCAUAGAGUCAUACAGAGUUGGACCCCCACUAAGAAAGGACCUUACAUUGUCCAAAGAUAACAAACCACUCUUGGCCCCAAAAAUCUUGUGAUCAUGUUACGAGUCCCACCCGACUCAGAGAUCUGUGGCUAACAUGUUAUAGGCAUUCACAUGAAAGCUCUGAAGACUUGAGGAUGUUUUACUAGAAUUCUUAGUCGCCUGAGGUCUACAGCAUGAGAUGCCAUGAUGUGCCCAGGAAGGAAUGUGAUUGGCAUCUUGUUAUGGCUGUCCAUAUGGUACUUGUGUGUUUUGAAAGAGGGUCGUGGUAGCUUUUUGCUGCCAAAUAAGGAUAUUAUGGAUGAUGAGGACAUUCAGAAACAAGUGGAUCAGGCCCUCCAGCUGGUGAACAAAGAUAGUUUCCAAGGAUGGCCUCUCGAGCAAAUAAAGCAGGUGCGAAUUUUAACAAUUACCUGAAUUUUAACAGAGUAUGGUCAAUUCAUGAACUAAACUUGGUUAACAAGCAUGAUAGUAAAUAAAUUAUAGAUGAUCUGUUAGCAAUCACUGUUAGCUAAACUUAUAGUCCCUAGUUCUGCUGUGUGGAGCAAGAGUGGCCGCUCAGCCAAGCGGAAUGCUCCCCUAACAGAUCUUUGAAGAGGAUCACCUUUGAGUAUCUAGUAAAUGACCAAGAAAACAAUGGAUUGAGCUUGUCCUAGACUUCCAUAUGGUUGAGCUAUCCGUCUUGCUCCAAGUGUUUAUUCACAAAACAGUGAAUUGAGGUGAUAUGAAAGCUCAGUUAUUUGGUCCUAAAUCUCAGAUCAAUAUUUAGCUUAUGACUUUUUUUUACUUUGAUAAAUUGUACACAGCGUGACCCAAAGGAAAGGGAGGCUCUUUUUCUACAAACUCCCCACUAUAAUUAUACCAAUAGGAGUUUGUGUGUGCAUUUUAAACUUUACACUUCGCUUACAUUUAUUGUUUUUUUACAGUACUUAACUAUUUUGUUUUGGUUCAUUUGAUUGUAUUGAUCUUCUGCAGGUAUUGAUGAUAAUUUAUUCUGGAACAGAUAAACAUAUCAUUUUAGAAAUAUGAGCAAUGAGUCUUUUUUCCCCCAAAAUACUUUAAUUAUUAUUUUUAUGUGUUAAAAAAGGUCUAUAUUUUUUUUAAUGGCUAUUUAAGAAUAAGGACAAUUAAUCCAUACUACCAGGGUAAGGAGAUAAAAGCAGACUGAAAUUAAGGCAUGCUGCUUAGGAUUCUCAAAUAUCUGAUUGAAAUGACUGACUUGUGAAUUUAAUUUCUCCCAAAUCAUGAUUUGUCUGAACUUUGUGUGAUUGGCAAGUUGGCAGAAUAUCUGAAUUCCAUGUGGCCAAUGGGCCAUAUAACCGAAUCAUUAAACAAUUGGGUGAGCCAUUGUAUUUGAUUCAUAAUUCUCUCCCUGUGGCCAAGAGAUGAUUGAUGGAAAAUUAUGAUCGAUGGGUAGAGAACAGCCAAAAUGCUUAUAUUAUUCACAGAUCAAGUAAGAAGUGACAAACGGAAGGAGAAAAAGAAGUACCGGUAAAGAAAAUCAACGAUUAUAUAUUUAAUAUAUCGCCCAAUGUACAUGAGCCACAUGGACAAAUAUACAGGAUAAUGCAUGAUCACAACAAGGGGGAGAUGGACUCUAGGCAUGGAUUAGUGUACAUAUGUAGACAGCAAUAGUAUCCUGCAAUGCCGUAUGACAUAAAGAGGCCUGUAUACACAAGCAUUUUCAUUAAUAUUACAGUUUCUCAACUCUUGUAUGUACUAAAAUGUGUAUCUUGUUAGAUGAGAAAUGCCCCAUAAUCUCUAUUACUUUAUACCCUCUCCGAUUUUCUUCAUAAGUGAAAUCGUGUAUUAUAAUAAAAGAAAAUGUAGUUAUUUCAUUUUCUUUAACAGUGUAUCUGAGCAGCAACAUGUACAUGUAUUUAUUUAUUCAUUAAUGUGGUUAUUUAUAAAAUAUUUUACCAGGAAGGAAAUAUUGAGGUUUCUCUCGUUUUCAAGUAUGCACAAAAAACUUUACACACAAAAUCCCUGUGUUGCUGUAAUUUUAUGUGCUGGCUAUGCACCCCACAUUUCAUGUUACAUAUUUCCACCAAAAAACAUGAACCUAUCGACAUGUGCUUCUGGGUGUUUCUCCUGUCCCGUUCAUUUGACCCCUUAUUAAGAGCGAAAUUUAACCCCUUAACGACACAUGACGGAAUAUUCCGUCAUGGUAUCCUUUUUUUCCAGAAGUUGUGUCCUCGAGGGGUUAAGCAUCUGCCCAAAAUGUCCCUGGUGAUUAGGAGACAAUUAGCUCAGGGCUGGUGGAACGAGCCCCCCUUUUCAUAACAGUGGUUACAAUAAAGAUAAAAGACAUGAUAAUGGUAGAGCUUAAUGCAAUCCUGGGUGGCCCCCAAGGGACCGGGGUUUAGACAGAUUGCAUUCCACAAAACAUGGGAUCUCUGGAUUGAUUUUCAUCAUCCGUUUCCAUAAAAUGCUCUGUUUUUGGUUCUUAGAGAGGAACAUCGUUCCCCGUUUCACUGUGCCUCUCCCUCCUACUUUCUUCUUUACUCUCCCUUACUUCUCCUUUCUAGAAUCUUCUUCCUUGCUUUGCUACUUUUGCUUUCGUUUAUGUUCUUUAACUAUUAUAAAAAGGCUCAGUGAAUGCGUUUUGCUUGUUUCUUUGUUUGACUUAUAUAGUUCAGGACUACUGAUUGAUUUAGAACUUUUGUGUUUCAUUUAACAUUCCUCGCUGAUGUUCUGAUUUUUCUUCUUGCGUAUGACUGCUCCAGAUUCAGUAGAGAAUUGUAAAAAAAAGACAAUAAUGGAUAUUUUAAAAAAAUUUUUAAACCCUGGAUCUGUUACAGGCGGUCCCCAGACUCCACAUAGGUUUGAUUGAAAUAUGGCUUCAGUUCCGGAAGCUUCUGAAGGAGCAGAACGAGGUGUGGACCAAAUUAAGAAGGAUGACUCGCCAGUCUGCCGUGUCCUGCCAAGGUACUCACGCCAACAUGAGGACAAUGUCUGGAUUUGUAUUACAAUGGCGCCAUUCACUCAGUCCAUUAUACGGUACUAAAAACCAGGAAAAUCAAUUAAUCUAGUUAUUAGAUAUAAAAGAAAACUAAUAAAACCAAAAACAGAGUAAAUUACUAGCUAUCAAAAAGAUUCUACAUUUUUGUUCCAGACAUUUCUCCCAGUCUCCAGUGGGUAUGGAGAAACCCAGCAGCGGUUUCCUGUCAAACCGUUUUGGAGCCCACAGGCAGCUAAAUAGAAAGUGUGGCGGAUUCAGUUCCCCAUUAACUUUUGAACACAGACAGAACAUGCAGAAAUGAAUCUGCCACACUGCCCAUGAGGCUGCGAAGGGCCCCGGCUGCGAGGGCCAUGGACUGCCCCUUUAAGAAUGUCCCUCAGCGUGCCCCUUUAACUAUGUAUUUUACUAAUAAUAAUAUGUAUUCCCACGAAGCAGUCAAUUAAAACCUGUAAUUCAAUUUAACUAGAAUUAUGCACUAUAGUUGUCGCAUAACUCCCAAGUAAGGCUGCAAAUAAAUGUGAUGUUUAUGAGCCAUGAAAAGUACAAGGUAGUCGUCUCUUUGUUCUAAAAAGGUUGGAACAACUGAUAACGGCUGUUCAAAUAAAGUAAACACUCAUUAAUAGAGUCUGUAUGGAACAUAAAUAGCAGCAGAAUAGAGAACGUUUAGCUCAGUGAUUCUAAACAUUUUGUGAUACAAGACUUCCAUGAUGCCCAGCCAGAAGAGUGGAUGGUUGGCCAUUACCAAUCUAGCCUCUGAAAUGAAUGCAGCAUUGUAAACACUCCCAGUGGUCUUGUGUGUUACUGCAGGUUAAAAAAUAAACUGUCCAAAUUCUUUACGUUUUAGCAGUUAUAGAAUCAUUUGCCACCCUCCGUCAGUCCCUGCCCAGCUUGGCACUAAAAUAUCAACGUGAUACUCCUUUCCUUGUAUAUACAAAUAUUCUGCUAUCCACACAUUCAAAACAGAAAGAAUUGUGAUGCAAUAAUCUUGAAUCUUUGUAAUCUUCAUUUAAUCUACUUUAAAUAUUUUAUUGAAUUAGUUUGAUUUUCAGUUAAUUAAGUUAAGAGAAAAUACAUUUUAUACUGGUGUGCAUCUUUACUAAGUCCUUGUUAAAGUGAAAUUAAAUUUUUAUGUAAUUAUGAGUUACCUGUGUGUGAUUUAUUACAAUUGUACAUUGAUACAGAAUAUGUUGGUGCUUUAUAAAAUAAAACAGUAAAAAUUAUAUUGCAAAUCUAUAACAAAUUAGUGAGGGGUAAUAGUUAUGAUUACAUGUGUUUUUCAGAAGUAAAAACUGAAAUGUCAGAUUUCAGUGGCAAUCUGACCUCCAGAAUGGAUGCCAUCGAGAAGCAAGUAGCAGAGAUUCAACGCAAGGCAGAGAGUGUGGAAGAAGUGUGCAGAUGCGAAUAUAGGACAGUGUCCGAAAACCAGCUUGAUGUUAACCAGACAGACUCCAGACAGCAGCCAGCUCAAACCACAACCAUUCACGUACAAGGCAAAAAUAAUUCCUCAGGAUCUAACAAGCGUUACAAAGCGAACGUAGAGAAACUAUCCCAGAAGGUGGCCAGCCUGACAGAGCUCCUGAAUGGUCACAACGAGCUACUGGUGGAAUUAUAUCAACGCAUCGCUGUGCUGGAGGGGACUCAGAACACACAACGCGUUUUGACAGAUGUUCAAGAAAAGGGCAGAGGAGAUAAUUAGAAGAGCAAAAUGGAUCAGCAUGAGGUUCAGCAGAGAACAUGUCAUAUCUCCCACUGUUCCAGUGGCACAAGAGGUGUCUAGGUUCAAUGAAAGGACAUUAGAGGGCUAGCAGGUGACUUUUUAGCAAGAUGAGGAGGUAGACUUCAUCCCAGUCACCAAAACCUUCAUGUCCUGGUAGUCACUGCCCAAUGAAACCCACGCAUUCUUGUUUGACCAAACUGGACUUGACUACUUUUUCAACAAAUUUUUUUAAAAUGCUUAAUUGAAAACCGAAAAUUACUUUAAACAUAUGGAAAAACAAAUCUUUAAGCCUUGUGGGAUUAGAGUUAGGCAAAUCCCUUAUUAUUUCAAACAUUGUGACAUUGACUUGGCUGCUGAUUUGAGAAGAAUAAGGGCUUAGCUACAGGAGGCUUCUGUGUCUUCUCAGUCCAGCCCGGCCCCUCUAAAUGUUUAGCAGUUUACAGGUGGACAUGGAAGCAUGAGGACAACUUGAUGGAGUUGUGCUGAUGGCGCAGGGGAACACCUGAAUCGCUGUAGUUGCAUUUUACAAUCAGGACAACUCCAUCAAUUACCCUAAUGCAGGAAUAGGAACCCAGUCGUUGUGGACUACAUCCCCCAUAAUGCUCUUACAAACAUAAUGCUGGCAAAGUAUCAGGGAGAUGUAGUCCACAACAUCUGGAGUGCCAAAAGUUGUCUACCCCUACCCUAAUGUCACAAGGUCCUCCUAGUUCAUAGGUGGGCUUCCACAAGAUGGUCAUUGGGCAGUAAUACUGACACGUGGUGGUAUAAGACACAUGGGUUUGUUAUGAUGGAUGGAGGGCUGUGAUGUACAAGGGGGCUGUGAUGAGUAUGGACUUGGUACUGAGGGAGUCUGUAAUGGAUGUGAAAUGAUGUAUGUCCAUUACAGAUGUAUGGUGGACUGUAAUGGACGUGAUGGAAAUUUGAAAAUAAACUAAUAAACUGAUAAACAGAUAAACCAUGCACAUUUUUGCCAUUUUAAUUGCUUUGGAGCUCUGAAAUAAAUCCCUAUAUAACAUUGAGUUUUAAUACUGAGGAGCUCUGUGAUACACUCAUACACACUGUACAUUACUGUGAUUUUUAAUACCGUGGAGCUCUGUGAUACACUCAUACAUAUUGCACAUUACUGUGAGUUUUAACAGCUGCGACUGGGCCUGUCACUCCAGGAGGUCAGUGCGGGUGUCCAUCAAUCAGUGCGUGCGUGUCUGUCACUCAGUGCAUGUGUGUCUGUAAGUGUGUGUCUGUUUGUGUCUGUCAGUGUGUGUGUCUGUCAGUGCGUGUGUAUGUGUCUGUCACAAAUGUAUGGGGGUGGGAGAGACAUAUGGGGGGCUAGGGAGUGGGUGAUAAACAUGGAGGGACUGGGUGGAGAAAGAGACGUGUGGAGGGUCUUGCAGAAGGAGAUGAGAUGUGUAGAGGGGAGGGUGGGGGGAAUGAGACACAUGGAGUGGCUGGCGGGGGUAUGAGACACAUAGGUGGCAGAAUUUGCAUGUGCUUCUAGUCAACAUGAAGUGUUGCAUGUCUAGAUACAUUUACUUAUGCCAACAUUCACUCCAUAUCCUAUUUUCACUCUGUAUUUUAUACAUGUUUACCACAACAAGAGCAGAGGGUUAAGGUUGUUCCGCUUCUUUUUAUUAUUAUAGUAAUUCCUUUGAGGUUGUCCAGGAUGUAAUUAAAAGGGCACUACAGAAAGGAACUAACUGUUCUUCUUUUUUUGAAAAAAAAAUUUAAAUUCUUUAUUUUUGUUGUACAUGAAAAUAUGACAGAUUAGCCUGCAAAACCCCAACAGCACUGGCGGAUACAAAAUAUAACACAUAACAAAAAGGUCCGCAUUGUGAGAAUACUGCACAUUUUUAUAGAAAGAGAAAAUAUAUUUAGCUAUGCAUGCACGUCUAACUGAUUUGCUGAAGAUAAGAUUAAAAACAUAGAGAUAUGCUAGGCGUGGAAAGUGUAAAUAAUAGUAGAACAUGAGGUCCCCAGGCCGGUAGUCCAACAUUAGGCCCUUCAGGCCCAAUAUAUCUGACUGGAUCUAUCAGGCUGCAUGGAUGGAAUAAAAGGGGAAAGAAAAGAAUAACAGCAACAUUAUGCCAUCUAGCUUCAGGGGAAGGUAACAGUGUUAUUCAGGGCAAAUGAAACAAGACCGUUGUGGUUCCACUCAGCCUAUGCCAACAGCAGGCAGGCCAGAGUCCCCCCAGGAGGUGUAGUGCUGCCAGUCUGGAAGCUGGAGUGCUGUUGAAGUGUUGACUGGGAAAUUUGGUAAUCUCACAGAUUCAUUUUGUGCAUAUUUCAAAAGGCAGGUCCCCAAUCUCCAUGUUUCCUGCUUAGUUGACCUCUCGCUGGCCCGUGUGUGCUCAGUGUUAGCUUGCGCUUUGCCCUCCACAUGGCCUCGCCCAUUUCAAUCGCGGUGCUUGAGUUCCAAGAGUUGCCUGUUGACCGAUAGUCAGUCGAUGCGGACUUUGAAGUGCGUGCAACUUGGCUUCCAGCUUCCACCAAAAGGCAUUGAAGAUAGCAUCUAGGCAGCUCAGGGGACAAGAUUUCAGUCAGGUUUACAUGUGGCGUCCGCCAUUUUGUGGACCUCGCUGUUAGAGGUAGCGAAGCCUGCAGCUUUGCCAUCGAACUCCUUCAUAUCCAGGGUGUGGACUGGGAUCACCCCCACCAGUCCAUAGAGGGGGUUGCGGGACCCAAGUUGCAUGUAGCGGUUUCCUGCCAAUGCCGGUUGGGAGAUCGGCCGCCUCUCCCUUUCACAGUCUCAGACAGGUCCUAGAAGCACCAACUUGUUGCUUAUAAUGACCGCGGGAAGUGUGCCUAGGCCAGUCAGCAAGUGCAGGAGUGGUAGGGGAUGGUGCCUGCCCAGGCUUAAGAGCCCAAGUUAAUGUCAGAUAAGAUUAUUCAUUAAUGUUCUAGGAACUCCCUGGAUGUGCGUCCAAGUGCCAUGAUGGUCAGGCCCUGCCCUCCUUUUAAAAAAAUGUUGAUGCAUCAAAAAAUAUGCAAAAGAAAAAAAAGCAAUAGAAUAAAAGAUAGUCACUUUUAAAGUUCCUUGAAAUUUGUGCUUUUGCCCACACAUUACUUUAUCAGCCCUGUGCUUUGCCUGCUCCAGGAAGUCACUUGGCCAAUCAGGAGCCUCUCAUUAUAGUAUAUAGCAGGGAUCAGGGAUAGGCAACCUUUGGCACGCCAGAUGUUGUAAACUACAUCUCCCAUAACUGGCAAAGCAUCAUGGGAAGUGUAGUCCAAAACAUCUGUAGUGCCGAAGGUUGCCUUUGCCUGGUCUAUAGAGACUGCACUGUUGGGUAUGUUUAAAGGAACACUAUAGUCACCUAAAUUACUUUAGCUAAAUAAGGCAGUUUUAGUGUAUAGAUCAUUCCCCUGCAAUUUCACUGCUCAAUUCACUGUCAUCUAGGAGUUAAAUCACUUUGUUUCUGUUUAUGCAGCCCUAACCACAGCUCCCCUGGCUAUGAUUGACAGAGCCUGCAUGGAAAAAAAAACUGGUUUCCCUUUCAAACAGAUGUAAUUUACCUUAAAUAAUUGUAUCUCAAUCUCUAAAUUGAACUUUAAUCACAUACAGGAGGCUCUUGCAGGGUCUAGCAAGCUAUUAACAUAGCAGAGGAUAAGAAAAUCUUAAUUAAACUGAACUUGCAAUAAAGAAAGCCUAAAUAGGGCUCUCUUUACAGGAAGUGUUUAUGGAAGGCUGUGCAAGUCACAUGCAGGGAGGUGUGACUAGGGUUCAUAAACAAAGGGAUUUAACUCCUAAAUGGCAGAGGAUUGAGCAGUGAGGCUGCAGGGGCAUGUUAUAUACACCAAAACUGCUUCAUUAAGCUAAAGUUGUUCAGGUGACUAUGGUGUCCCUUUAACCAGGCAAUGCAAAGGGUAACAUGUAACAAGGGAGGUCCGAUACACAGAUUUCACAGCUCUCAGUGCACACCCUCAGUUCUGCUCUCAGAUGGGGUUUCUUGGUUAUGAGAGUUGUUAACCGAACUAAAGAUUAAAAACAAAAGUUUUGCUGAGUUUCCUGGAGACAUGAAAACUAUUGUUAUUGGACACUACAGCUACCGAGGGAUGAACAGAAAGGGUGGGAAGCUGUACACAAAUAGAGAAACCAGCAAGAAGGAAGUAUUUUAGGAUGGAAGAAGUGGGACAGAGAUGGCACAUUUACUUAUCUGCUAUCGUGAAUAAAUAUAGAUUUGUGAAAUCUCCAAAAUAAAAGUAAAUGUGUAAAUUCACAAUCCUGUAUUUAUCUGUAUCCUGACACAGAAUGCUUGCUAUCUCCUUCUCCAGCGCAAUGUGUGCCCUGCAGUGCCAGGACUGGACGUGAUGUCAAUUGCUGAAUCUUUAAAGGACCACUAUAGGCACCCAGACCACUUCAGCUUAAUGAAGUGGUCUGGGUGCCUGGUCCAGUUAGGGUUAACCCUUUUUUUUUUUAAUAAACAUAGCAAUUUCAGAGAAACUGCUAUGUUUAUAAAUAGGUUAAUCCAGCCUCUAGUGGCUGUCUCUUGACAGCCGCUAGAGGCGCAUGUGUGCUUCUCACUGUGAAAAUCACAGUGAGAAGACGUCAGCGUCCAUAGGAAAGCAUUGUCAAUGCAUUCCUAUGAGACUGGCUGAAUGCGCGCGCGGCUACUGCCGCGCAUGCGCAUUCAGCCGAAGAGGAGGAGGAGAGUUCCCCGCCCGGCUCUGGGAAGAGGAAGGGGUUAAAAUCUUACCUUUCUCCAGCGGCGGGAGGCUUUUUGCUGUAAACACUGUCUGUCAGAGAAAAUGCAGUGUUUACAUUACAGCCUAGUGAUAACUUCACUGACCACUCCUCAGAUGGCUGCUAGAGAUCCUUCCUGGGUCAUGGCUGCCUAAAAUGCAUCCAAACAUUCAGUGUCUCCUCCCUCUGCUUGCAGACACUGAACUGCUUUGUUUCACUAUAAUGUCUGACACUUUGCAUCCAUUUAUUUUAUGUCACUGUAUCACUUAUCCCAGCUAGAGAGCUCUGACCUGCUAAUAUCAGGCAAAGAACUACAGGUUCCGGCAUGCUCUGCGCUCGGUGUGAGCCCCGCCGGCCGCCGUUGCAGAUGCUAACCUUGGAUCACGUGACGCUCUGAGCGCUGUCUGUGCGUGGAUCACGUGACCAGACAGUCAGUACUCUGAGAGAGCGAGUGGAACCGUGAGCUGCCCUCAGCCAGCACGGACAUGGCGGACGUGUCCAAAAGAGUAACAUGGUCCGGCCGGGAGCAUCCACAACAUCAACAGCCGCCGGAGGAGGACGGGGAGAGCACCCCACUGCUAAAUGGCACCAACACAGGCGGAGCGCAGCAUGGCAGGGUGAGAGAGCUGACAGACCCCCCCAGGUCCUCAGUGAGUGGGACCCCCAGGUCCCUCAGUGAGUGGGACCCCCAGGUCCUCCUCAGUGAGUGGGACCUCCAAGUCCUUGUAGUGAGUGGGACCUCCCCGGUCCUCACAGUGAGGACCCCCUGUCCUCAGUGCGAGUGGGACCCCCCAGGUCCUCAGUGAGGGACCCUCCCCCAGGUCCCCCAGUGAGUGGGACCCCCUCCCCCAGGUCCUCAGUGAAGGGGACCUCCCCCAGGUCCUCAGUGAAAGGGACCCCCCAGGUCCUCAGUGAGGGACCCCCAGGUCUCAGUGAGUGGGACCCCCAGGCUGUCCUCAGCAGUGGGACCCCCAGGUCCCUUCAGUGUGAGUAAACUUCCAGGUCCCUCAGUGAGUGGGACCCCCCAGGUCCUCAGUGAGGGACCCCCCAGGUCCUCAGUGAGUGGGGACCCCACCCCCAGGUCCUCAGUGAGUGGGACCCCACCCCCAGGUCCUCACAGUGAGUGGGACCCCACCCCCUGAAAUCCUGCGGGGACCCACUCUUGCAGGUCCUCAGUGGCGGGGACCCCACCCCCCAGGUCCCUCAGUGAGUGGGACCCCACCUCCCAGGUCCUCAGUGAGUGGGACCCCACCCCCCCAGGUCCUCAGUGAAGUGGGACCCCACCCCCAGGUCCUCAGGUGAGUGGGACCCACCCCCAGGUCCUCACAGUGAGCGGGGACCCCCAGGUCCCUCAGUGAGCGGGGACCCCACCUCCAGGUCCCUCAGGUGAGUGUAGGGACCCCACCCCCAGGUCCUCAGUGAGGGACCCCACCCCCCCAGGUCCUCAGUGAGUGGGACCCCACCCCUUGCGAAAACCUCAGGGGCAGUGAGUGGGACCCCACCUGUGUCCCAUGGCAACCCCACCCCCCAGGUCCUCAGUGAGUGGGACCCCACCCCCCAGGUCCCUCAGUGAGUGGGACCACCCCCCAGGUCCUCAGUGGAAGGGACCCCACCUCUCCCCAGGUCCUCAGUGUGAGUGGGACCCACCCCCAGGUCCUCAGUGAGGGGGACCCCACCCCCCCAGGUCCUCAGUGAGUGGGACCCCCCGGCAGCCAGGGGUGACAGGUCCUCAGUGAGUGGGACCCCGGCAGCCAGGGGUGACAGGUCCUCAGUGAGUGGGACCCCGGCAGCCAGGGGUGACAGGUCCUCAGUGAGUGGGAGCUGGGCAGGUAGGGGGGACCUGGAUCCACAGUGAGUGGGAGCUGGGCACUGCAGGGGAGACCUGGGGCCACAGUGAGUGGGAGUUGGGCAGGCAGGGGGGACCUGGGGCCACAGUGAGUGGGAGCUGGACAGACAGGGGAGGCCUAAGGCCACAGUGAGUGGGAGCUGGGCACUGCAGGGGAGACCUGGAGAGAAGUCACUGAAGGCUCUGUAGCCAGAGAAAACCUCAGGCCAGAUUAGUGGGAAUUUGUGAGGUAGGUUGCUGGAAAAGAAUUAGUGGAAAUCUACAGAAGAGGUAAAAUAUGAGCAAAUGCUGCAACAGGAGGUAUGUAAGGGAAAUGUUAUCCAUCAAACCAGGAAGUGACCAGAUAAUUGUCAGGAAUUCAAACUGAAUUUUAGAAUUUUGGCCAAAUUCAUUUCCAAGGCUGUUAUUAUUAUUAUUAUUAUUUGUUUCCUACUGUUUUGGCCUAAAUGUGAAAUUCCCCUUUAAUGCAUAUUAGCCAAGCCUUAUUCUCGAAUCCCAUUCAAUUCACAAAAGUUCUUAUUUUAGUGACGAUCUCUGUAAAUGCUUUUGCAGUGUUGCAGUUUAGUAUUCGGAAUGUGUUCUUUUUACAUCAUACACUGGUGGCUCUACAAAGGAAGUCUUGUUUCAGUCUUCGAGAAUGGUGAUAAAUAAUCUAUAGCGACAUCUCACAUGCUUUGAAUUUAGUUUUUUAGUUUUUUUUCUCCUCUCCAAAUGCUAAUGAUUUAAAGAUGCUAAUAUGAAUUAUUUUGAACCAAUUUUGAUUAUAUAUUGCAACAUUUUGUAAAUGCUGCUUUUUUUUUUUUUUAAUACUUCUAGUGGUGCAAUAGACAAACCCCAUGCGUUGCCCAAAACCUUUCCUAAUAUAUUAAACUGAUUGUUGAAAUCAGUGCUGACUUGUUUGUGCAGACCAGCUAUAAGAGGAUAUCUCCUUGAUCACAUUCUUAGCACUGAGCUGCUGAAGAUAUGGAGUAAAGAGACAAUCUUGAUGCAAGUCGGUUCAGAUAAAGAAGUAGUAUUGUAAAUACCAGAGAUAUAACCGUCUCUGGAAAAUGAUACUUGAGCUUAACAACAAAAAAACCUAUACUUUUCUAGGCCGAUUCAUUGUCUAAUCACUGAUACAAACUUCAGAUUAAAAUAGCAAUGUGAUGAUCAUAACUGGGUUGUUUUUUUUUUAGGCUAUUAUAACCUAAAUUUUGCAAAUUCUGUUUUCGAGUCUUUAUAGUAGCUUAUUUAGUAUAAUUUCCAAUUUAAGCAUUAGUCACAGCUUUGCUGUUUUAGACUACAUCUUCAAAUUUGGUUAUCAGUUAGUUGCUAAUCUGUGUUUAAUUCAUAAAUGUCUUAUCAUAAUGUUGGACUUUAUCAGCAUUUUCCUUUCCUGUUGUACUGUAAUUACUAUGUCGUCAAGCUUCACAAAGAGAGAUGUACCAUUAAAAAGACUGAAGCAAAUGCACAAUUAGAAUAUAGAAAUCUCAAUAAUAUUAAUUUAAAAAAAUGAAAUAACCUGAAGUGGCUUUAGCAAGUUAUUUAUAUAAUAAAAACAGAAUUUCUGUAAGGUGUAGGUAGUUAGUGGCCAUUGAAAACGUCUAGGAGAGGUUCUUUGCUAGGAAUAUAAUUUGGACUCGUGUGUCUCAGACUAUCCGAUGCCAUAAUAAUGUAGCCGGGUUAGACACUCUAAAUACAGAAACAUGUCCAUUCUUUCUGGUCAUAUGGUGUUUAUUACUGCUAUCCUCAAGUGUGUUCUUAAAUCUUCCUUUUGUCAGUUUGCCAAAGAAAAUGUGAAAUCAAGAUCACAAUGUAUGCUUGUUGUUUCCAGACAUUUCUCGUGUUACGUUGCUACUGGUGGGAGUACUGUGUACCAUGAGAUGUAAUGCGUGUCCUGCGUUAUAGAAUCUUAAUUACUGUGCGGUUUAGUGUAGAGCUGGGAGCAGCAUUGAAACCAGCUAUUGGCUAGUGAACGUUUAGCCUUGGCAAAUAGAAUUUUAUAAGUUGUAUGUUUAGCAACUUCAGGCAUUUAGGGGCACCAUAAUAACUUCAUCUUAAUGAAGUUGUUAUGGUGUCUGGAGGUCUUUGUAAUAGACAAGUUUUUAAUUCGGUGACAGAACCAAUGUGGCUUAUCUUUUCCCUCUGGGAAAUUGGUGGUCAAUGUCUCCUGAUUUCAGAAUCACAUGGUGGCUAGUCAUCUAACUCUGGACUGAUUACGAGAACACGUUUUCUAAGAACUGUCCUAGUUUUUCCAGUAGUUUGUCACGUUUUCUUGAUUUUGAUUUUUCCAUCAUGCUAUAGUUGGGCCAUUUAACCCUAUAUGGUUGUUGAACACUUUUGGGUAGCACAGUGAAUAUUCCUGUGGCACCCGUGGCCAUUAUAUGGGGUAGCCAGAAGGAAUUCUACAUUUAUAAUACAGUAUUUACAGAUUAUUACAUCCUCUUGGUCUGAAGCUCUGUAAAGCAUCCUUGAUACUUUCAAAGUCAGCUUUUGUUAGCACAUUAAGAUUAUCAAGAGAAUAAAGGGACGUUUUAUGGGUGAAUUACUUCCAUCAUAAACUGUAGCUGUUAUUGUGCUUAAUGUCUCUUUAACCCCUUAAGGACCAAACUUCUGGAAUAAAAGGGAAUCAUGACAUGUCACACAUGUCAUGUGUCCUUAAGGGGUUAAGACAGUUAUACUUGAUAGUGGAAUUGGACGUUUUGUAGGGACUUCAAACAAAAUGUUGAUGCAUUUCUCCCCUAAGGCUAUUUCAUAGAAUUAGUGGAUGCAGUGAUCCUGAAAGCAGUUGGUUCACAAAAUUGGUAGCCGUAUGUACUUGUUUAAUAAAUGCAAGCUUUGUAUUUGAUUUGGGAGUGGGAAAUCAGUUUAAUACACAUCCAUUAGAGCCAGACCUUUGUGGCAGGUGUGUCUACCGCAGCAUGUAAAAUGCCUUAUUACCUGCAUUGUUCUGGUUGCUUCGGGUGUUUUUCAAAGUAAGACGAACGUUUUUUUUAAUUCAGUUUUGCCUAAUCAAAACGUCCUUUUGUAGUCUUUUAAUCAAUAAUCAGCAUUGCAACAGCCCAUUUUCAAUAUGAAUGAUAUAGUUCCCCUUGCAGUGUCCUAGCCACAUGUUUAACUUGAGUUAUUUAUACAGUUUAUUCUCUAAUUUGUGAAUUGUUCAUCUAAAGUGCAUUUUUACAUUUUGAGCCAAAACAGCCAUGCUGAAAUAAACGCUGACUUGGCGAAUUUUUGAAUUUCAACUAUUGCUAUAAAAAUUAGAAUUGUAUGAUUUUCCAGCAAUUGACACUUUAAUAAAUGGUUCCACUGAUGGCAAAAUGGAACAAAUAUAUUUUGCAGAUCUGGUAGGAGGUGGUGGUGAUUUAAACUAGAGAUUGUGUAUAUACUUCUAUACAUUGUAUCUUGUCCUAUCCCUAGUUCCACCACACACCACAGCGGCCAUUUCUGUCGUGUCCAGAUGUUGAGUUACAAUACCAGAAGUGUGGUUCCUGUUACUGUUAAACCGGGUUUUCCAAACUCUGGCCCUCCAGAUGUUGCUGAACAACUCCCAUUAUUCUUUGAAAUAAAUAGAUAACCAGUGAAUCAUGGGAGAUGUUUGGAGAACCUUGCUUUAAAAUAUCCCCUGUCUUGGGUCCAUCUCCAGACCUUAGAAUUCAGAGUUUGUCUCAGUGGCUUACAGAAUAUUCAGAUGGAGAAUGUUUUAUAUACAAACUGUGCUGUUAUAGGCCGUGCUUACUGAUAAACAGAAAGAUUAAAGGAUUGUUUGCAGUUAUAACAACCUAACCGUUUAGAGAAUCAGGAAAGGGAAGUUAAAUGCUUUUAUUUACAGUAUUUAAGAAAAUUGAGCAAUCAAAUCUCGUCAGUUUUCUCUUUUGAUUAGUAGAUCCUACAGAUAUUUCUGCUUGGCUUCAAGUCAGCAGGCUCAGGUAUUGGGCUGUGACGUGUUUUCUUCGGCUCGUACACAGAGCAGUCUGCCUUUUGUGAAAUUCCAAUGCAUUGUGAAAAUGCACCACUCAAAGCUUUGUACUUCUGCAAUUAUGGCUUUUAUAGAUUACUUGCCUGGCUAGAAAACUGACAGAACUGAAUACUCUUAUCUCAAAUGCAAAUACACAAAACAAAGUGUAGAUUGCUAGAACUUUAAAGAGACCGUUCAUAAAAAAAAAAAGGAUGGCUAUCGUGAAAGUCAUUCAGUUGCAAUAUAAUACCGAGAUCCUUUUGUGUGGCUUAGACCUCUUAGGAAAUUCUCCCUUUACAACUAUUUUUGAGAGAAUUUGCAAAGUGUGAGGGCAGCGAUUGUUCCAUCCACAUAUCACAGAUGUCAAUGUUAUUCAACAAGCACUCCUAAUUUUGAUGUUUCCUAUCCGUUGUCGUUGGCAUUUUUUUUUCUUUCUUCAAACUAUAAAAAUAAAGUACUGUCCCUUUCUCAGAUGUAAUUUACACUUUCCACAUAAUUUGUCAGUUCCACCUUACCCAGCCGGCAGUGAUUGGCUGGGAGUGCUGCGAAAGGCUAUAGGUGUAACUCACAAAUUUUAAGAUGGAGAGAUUGGUCUUUGGUUGGCAGUGAGAGCCCUCGGUUUUUGUCGAUCUAUCUCAGAAGAUCCAUAACCCCUACACUGAGCUCAGCUAAAGUGUCCAUUUAUGGAAGAGAUAUUGGGGAAUGGGAGACGGUGAUACUAACUAAGAGUUCAUCUAGAAUAUUGUCUUCAUAAAACCAAAAUGCAAUGCAUUCUAGUUUUUAGGAUGUACGUAGCUGUAUGUUUGUUUCGAUAAAAACAUUUUUAUAUAUAUAUAUAUUCUUUUAGAUUGCCCAAAAAUCACAAUUGUUGACUAGUGCUGUCCCGAACUGUUCUCCGAACGGUUCGCCGCGGACUCCAGUCAGCUGACACAUUCCAGCCAAUCAGCAGCAGACCCUCCCACCUCCUGGACAGCUCACUAAGAAUGCAGCUUCAAAAUGGAUGCUGUCCAGGAGGUGGGAGGGUCUGCUGCUGAUUGGCUGGAAUGUGUCAGCUGACCGGAGUCCGCGGCGAAUAUUUCGGGACAUCACUAUUGUUGACCUGUUUGGAGCAUCACUGACAUUGUUUCCAUAGCUUUUUGCAUUCUUCCUCUAACAGUGGUUAACCCCUGAGUGCUGGGCAGCGAUAGCUUAGAAUUAUUGUAAGUCAAUCAAGGAACUCGUUUUGCAAAGUGUUUUAGUAGAGGAAGUAACCGUGUAACCAGUAUUAAAUCGUGCUAAAUGGUAUGCAGUAUAUGUGUGAAUGUUCUGCAUGAUGGUACAAUGCAUCCAGCGUAACUGGAAAUUCAAAACCAGAUUAUAAAUAUUCUGCGAAAAUACACCAAAUAUGUGGAACUGGAAAGGAAGAAAUUUCAAAGUCAUGCACAGCCAUCAACAACACUCUUGUUUCUGUAUAGCAAACUUGUCUUGUUGCAGUGACUUGUCUUGUGCACUUGUUGUACAGCGCUGCAGAAUAUGUUGGAAUUUGUAAAUAAUGGUCACUCAGAAGCACAGAUCCAAUCUCCUCCCAGAAUGCAUUGUGUAUGUGUUGGGGGGAGGCAAUGUGGUCACAAAACGCAUGUUGUGUAUAUAUAUCUAGCGAUGUGUCUGUGUUCAAACUGUCUGUCAGCUCUGUUGCCACAGAAACCAUGGCAUCUCCCACAUCUAGUAACUUUAUAUUUUUGUUUUAUCCCCAUUAGGUCAAUGUGUGUUUUGGGGUUAAAUGAGGGAGAUGCGGGGUUUGGAAGUAUCAAGGUUAACAUAUAUCAGUAGCAUUGUGUAUUGCCAGAGGUUGGUGAUACAUGCAUGGUUACUUUCUAUCGAGCCGUCCGGCUGCCAUUGUCACACUUUAUAGAGUCCUUCACCAUUUGUUUUUCCAUAGUACUCCAGCCAAAGCUUUUUUCAAACUGGCCAGCUGAGCACGGUGGAUCUUGGCGAUGAGAAUAAUGAAGUGGUGAGUUUGCAGAUAACAUGUCUCUCUGCCUUUCCUGUUAUUCACACAAAUCUCAUAGCCGUCCAUUUAAUCAAUAUCGAAUGUUCUGUUUUGAUUACAGUGUUUUGCAUGUUACAAUCAUUAACAGUUCGUAAUGUUUCUGAGCGGAUCAUGUUGCUACUGAUUUGUGAACAACCAUCGCCACUUGUCUGGUCACAUGUCCUUGUCAAACGACUUCUUUGUGAACCUUUUUUUUUUUUUUUUUAUCAUUGUACAAAGCAUAACAUCAUGUUUCUCAUUCUGCAUUAUCCAAGAUGUCACUGUGAAAGUUAUGGGAGAACACGCCAGGCUUACAAAUAAAUACAUUAGUUUAUAUCUCUGGUGUGUUGGCGGCUGUAUUGGCCAUUAUUUUCCCCAGUACCUGUAAAAUAGAGGUUACUUACCUAUAAAAAAAAUAUGCUGUGAAUAAACUGCAACACUUUGCUUAGAUUAGGUCCACCAUAUUUAUCCUCUAACCUGGUUAGGGGACAGUCACUGUGUUUAUACUCUCAGCUGUAUAGGUGACAUCCGCCAUGUUUAUCCGCUAUAAAGCUUGGAUGGCAUCCACUGUGUUCUCAGUCUAACCAACUUAGAUGGCAUCCAUUGUGUUCUGUCUAACCAACUUGGAUGGCAUCCAUUGUGUUCUCAGUCUUACCAAAUUAGAUGACAUCCAUUGUGUUCUGUCUAACCAACUUGGAUGGCAUCCAUUGUGUUCUCAGUCUUACCAAAUUAGUUGGCAUCUAUUGUGUUCUCAGUCUAACCCGCUUAGAUGGCAUCCCUUGUGUUCUCAGUCUAACCCGCUUAGAUGGCAUCCAUUGUGUUCUCAGUCUAACCCGCUUAGAUGGCGCCCAUUGUGUUCUCAGUCUAACCCGCUUAGAUGGCGCCCAUUGUGUUUUCAGUCUAACCACCUUGGGUGGCAUCCAUUGCGUUCUCAGUCUAACCAGCUUGGGUGGCAUUCAUUGCGUUCUCAGUCUAACCAACUUGGGUGGCAUCCAUUGCGUUCUCAGUCUAACCAACUUGGGUGGCUUACAUUCUGUUCAGUCUAACCUGCUUAGAGGGCAUCCACUGUCUUUCUACCCUUUUGAUAACCAGUUUUUCUCUUCACUGCAGGAAGCUGAACUUACUUCUAAGCUGGACAAAGAUGUAACACACACAGAGAAUCUAUUAUCCCUCAAGUAUGAGGUAUGAAAAAUUUGCUUUUUUUUAAAAUUAAAAAUGCAUUUAAACAGUUAUGCAUGUGUUUUUAAAUAUAUGUAUUGAAAGACCCCAUAACCACCACAGCACAUUUUAAUGGUGAUGGUGCUAGAAGUCCACUGGCUCUACAUCACUGUUAAGCGUCAAACCAUUUUGGGACAGUUUUAAACCUUGGACCCCAGUGCUCCAUCACUAACUGGACUACUUUUCCUGUAUUUAGAACAUUCUGCCAAGGCUGGCAGGGAAUGCGUUUUAAGCACAUCAGAUAAAACGUUUUUAGAUGUUGGAGUUUCUGUAAUAGUUAUGUUUAUAAAGUUGUCUGACUGGCUCAUAUAAAGUGUGUAAAGUAAUAAUCCUAUUCUGGUCUGCCACUUCUGCAGAGUUUGGAUUACGACAAUAGUGAAAACCUGUUGUUUCUGGAAGAAGAACGUAGAAUAAAUCAUACGGUAAGUUGUCCUUUUACCACAUAUCCAAUUUUUUUUUAUAUGUAUCCCUUACUUCCCAAAAACCUAAUCUGGUGGGAAGCCACUAAUUCUUUAGCUGUAUAGUUGUUGGGUUGGUACUCACAGUUUCUUUACCGAUAUUAGUUUUGUUAAUAUAUUAUUUAUUUAUUUGCAGUAUUGAAAUCUUUAAAACAUUAUUGCUGGUCAGAAAUUCUAGAUGUUGAUGGCCUGUUCUGGCCUUUUCAUUCCAUCUCCUGAAGAUAUUAAUGAAAAGUUUUUUGACUAAUUAGCACAGAGUUGAUGUGAUUUUUGUAUGUAUACCUGAGUCAGUGGCCAGUAGGUACCUCUGCCUUUUCUUUUGUAGGAGGUUGGGAUUGACACUAGCCAGAACUUAGAUAGGCACACAAAGCACUGUAACCACUACUGCGUAAAGGAGUGGUUAUGGUGCACAAUCUUUUGCUGCAGCUUCUUCAGUUUUGUCCAAAUGAUUUAAAAUAGCUGUUAAGAGAGAAAAAAAAAAGUCUCACCCAUCAUGCUUUGCUGCCAGUAAGAUAAUGGAAAUUGGCUCAUCCGUUUAUAAAAGUUUGCUUGUUUAAAUGGAUACAUUUUAAGUGUUGCAUGUCUCUUUAAGAUAAAUCACUGCAGUCCUCACAGGAUGCCCCUUUCUAUAUGCUGCACUACUCAAUGGACUUAAUUUGUAGUGUAACUGUAUUAUCUUAAUUUGUGUGAAUGUGAUAAACAAGGCUUACUCUGUGUGCUGUAUCAAUCUGUAGAUUAGAGUCCCGCUCAUCAUAAUCCUUUUAACUUUAUUUUGUAAUUUAAAAAAAUAUAUAUAUAUAUAUUUUUGUGUUGCAGGCAUUCCGGACGGUGGAGAUCACGCGAUGGGUGAUAUGCGGCAUGAUCGGUAUCUUAACCGGACUCAUUGCCUGCUUUAUAGACAUCAUGGUUGAACAAUUGGCUGGUGUGAAAUACAAAGUGAUCAAAGACAGUAUCCUCUUACCAACAGUGGUCCGUGCAGAACAGUACUCGCGCUCCAAGCUGUCCUUCCACCCCCCAUUCCCAGCUAUGCUGAAAGACCCAAUAUCAGCAGCAAAUGGCUGAUUAUAAAUGUUUGUUUUUCAGAUAAAAAGUACCUGUUUAGCCCAAGUGAAGAUAGUUUGUUAAAUGUUUGAUUGUAGGGAAAACCAAUCUAUUUUCAGUACUACAUAGUAAAAAACAUAAAACAGAAGUUAUAGCUUGUAUUGUCAUCUGGUGUGGAUAUUCAGAUAACUUCAGCUGUUGGCAAACUACAACUCCCACGAAACUUUGCCACACAUCAAGUGGCCAUUAUAGUUCAUUUAACCCAUUGAGAGGAGGGGCCCCACAGAAGAGUAAAACCCACGAUUACUGUAUACUAUUUGUUCAGGUCCUGUCAUUCUCUGUCAUGUGAACCCCAAUUAGCCAGUAUUGUGUCAUGGUUUUAAUUUUGUCAUCUUCCUCGUCAUUUUCUUAACAAGUGUGUUAAGAUAUCGACAAAUUCACAGAGAAAGGAGGGUUAUCGUUCUCGCUGCUCCUCUGGGCGACGCUAAACGCUGCCUUUGUCAUGGUGGGCUCUCUCAUAGUCGCCUUCAUAGAAGUGAGUGUCUUCUUGGGAUGUGUGUAUCGGUGAAAGGGAAUGGUUUCAUUCUAAAAUUAGCACCUUUGUCAUGUAUAUAUUGUUAAAGUGUUAAAAGAUUUCCUGCCACAAUAAAAAAAAUACUUUCUACCUUCAUAUUAGGCAUUUAGCUUAAAUCAAAUGGUAAAAAUCUCAAUUCCAGCUGAAAAUUUUCAAAAGGGGGAAGGGUUAAAAUAGUUGCUCAGGACACUGAAAUUUGGGAAGCUAUUGAUCUCUUUAUUAAAGUAACAGAAGGCACAGGUUAAUAUUACGAUUUGUGCUUGACGAGUGUUUGCAUGUUGUGUAACUCCUAAGAAACAGACAUGAAACCACAAUGUUUAUUUGUGAAGUUAAAGCCGUCUGAGCUGUAAUUAAAGCAGUAGCCUCUUUGCACCCUCGGGAUCUAAUGCCUCUCCUAGUGAUGCUCCUGUCCUGCAUUUAAGCAGUCUUUAUUCUGGAAUCUGUUGGGUCAAUUUGUACGACUGAGUUACUCCAGUUGCAUGGCAGAUAUUUUGCCUAGACGGAGAUUAGACCCGCACAAGUCUUGGCCAACUCGUUUCCCCAGAAACAAACUCAGUGUUGUUAUGGUCACAGUUGGAUGCAUUCAUUAAAUCAUGAAUUCCAGUGAGUUGCCAAUUAAAAUGGGAAAUAUGAGCCAAAAUGGGAAGAUGGCAAUAAUAUCUAAUGCUACUAUUUUCAAGAUUUUAUUUAUUUUUUGUCAUAGAUUUUAUGACUUUGUAGCAAAUUUCAGCCCCUCAAAGUUUAGUGAAUAAUUGAAGGAACCUGUAUUUUCUAUUGCUUACCUGUCUGUUUUGUUUUGCAGCCGGUAGCUGCUGGCAGCGGCAUCCCCCAGAUUAAAUGUUUUCUGAACGGCGUCAAGAUUCCCCAUGUUGUCAGACUCAAGGUACAGAUAAUGACAUUUUACCUGUGUUCACAGGAUCACAGACAAAGAAAAGCUGUGGUUGUUUUAGAAUAUGUAAAUCCAUUUAGUUAAAAAUGGGAGACUCAUGAGAGCUUGGCAAGUGAGCUUACAAUUUAGUUUAUAUUGAUAAUUGGCCCACUCUCACUGGGUCUUUUAGUGGUAUGCACCCCUUUACAUCUCCAUUAAAUGUUUCUCCUUUCGUCCCCUAUCCAGACAUUGGUGGUAAAGGUUUGUGGAGUCAUAUUCUCUGUAGCUGGAGGACUUGCAGUUGGAAAGGUGAGCUAUGUCGUGUUUACAUUCUCCUUUAUUUACCCCCAUUACAAAAUCCUUUCAGUGACCUUUCACCCACAGUGGGUGGGGGGGCUCAUUAAGACUCUCCCUCAGUGAUCGUUCACCCCCAGCAAUAUUGUUCUACUUUAAACUCUGCUUAAGUGGUUUUGUUCUGUAUGUUGAUUGUCUGAAUACUUCUGCUUUCCCUUAAUUCAGGAAGGUCCAAUGAUUCACUCUGGGGCUGUUGUUGCAGCUGGUAUUUCUCAAGGAAGGUCGACCUCUCUGAAGAGAGACUUUAAGGUCAGUCCAAUACACACAAAUUCACUCAGACUAUAGACUUUGGUCUGGGUUUACAGCUGCACUACACAUCUUUCAUAGUGCUGAUCUUCACUGUGGCACAUGUGGGGUUAAUUGCUUGACCUUUAAUCCCCUCUGUUAGAAAAUCUGCAUGGUUUGCAGAACAAAGAAAUAAAUACUUCUGUUUAACUACAGAUGUGAGUUGCAAUGCUGUGAAGCUUUUUGUGCAUAAGUGUAUUAAAAAUGGACAUACUGUGAGUAGAAUUGCAAUUACAUUUGCUCUUUAAAAACACUCUAAUAAAAACGUUAAUAAAUAUACAUGCAUAUCUGCCUUCAAAUUUCAGGUCUAAUGCUGCUAGACAGGACUAAAUGUUCAUUGACACUGCCAAUCUAGAGGGUCCGUGGCACACUCACCAGAGCUAGUUUAAAAAAAAUCAAAUCUAAAUCUAUAAAACUUGCCUGUUCCAGCACAGAACAGUUUUGUCACUGCAGCCAGAUGACUUGUCCAAUCAGACAUUGCUUGCAAACAUACAUGGCACAUGUGCAACGAUUGCUGAGAUAUGCCAAUCCCUAGAAGCAUUACCCACCUUCAGUGUCUAGUGCUAGUGUCUGUGUGAUAUAAGGAAUGUUUACUGUGUGUGUGUGUGUGUGUGUGUGUAUAUAUAUAUAUAUAUAUAUAUAUAUUUAUAUCUCAAAAAUCAUUUUAAAUGAUAUAAAUAUAUAUUUUGGGGUUAUUUGCUUCCAAAAACUCCUCCACCUAAAAUAUUGCACACCACAUAGGUCCUAAUUAAGUAAUACAAUUAGGAACCAUUAAUAUUACUGUAACAGAUGAUGGAACUUAAAUCUCCUGUCAAGGGCACGCUGGCUGAACUGUGCAGGGCAUGCUGGCGUACCUGCUGAGUUCUGUAAUGUUCCAUUGUGAACGCCUGCCAAACCUGCAGGGCGCUCUGUUAAUUUAUUGAACUCUGCAUGGUCCCAUUGAGGUUCAUUUUAAAGUACAACUGAACUUCUACAGAUUCGCUGGGUUCUGCCAAGUCCAGCUGCUCUCUUCAGGACACAAUUAUUGAACUCCGGAGUAAAGUCCUGCAGGGCACAUUAAGAGACACUGUACUUCUCAGAGUCAUGCCACGCUCCAACACCAAGUCCAGGUCAUCCUUGGCCGCACGCUGGCAAAGCUUGUGAUGCCCUGUUGGUCAUGCCAAGCUCCGUUACCGAAACUGGGAGUUCAGAGAGGAUACACAUAUCAGCACUUCUCUACAUCUCCCUCCUUACAGUGUCCUUGUAUGAGGAACAAUGCAGACAGCUUUCUUAGAAACAUACCUUUUUUAAUUCUCAGAAUAAAGUUCAUCUCCAUUUCACUUCCUCUUCUAUUUUUCUGUACAGAUCUUUGAAUACUUUCGCAGAGACACAGAAAAAAGAGAUUUUGUGUCGGCGGGAGCUGCAGCUGGUGUGUCUGCAGCGUUCGGGGCUCCAGUUGGUUAGUAAAAACAUUUGAAUAAAUUUGUGUUCUCCUGAUCGUUGCAAAGUGUAUGUGAAAUCUCCCCACAUGCCCCGGCCCAGUGACUGCAUUAAAAUGUUAUCUGCUAUAGUUUCAUAUUGCUGUUGUCCUUAAUUUUAUAGUGAGGCUGACAUUGGGCUUUUGCUUAUGGGAUUUAAUUUCAGUCGAUCCUGGUUUGACAUGACCGUUUCUUGUAUUCUCCUCUUUUCUUUUGAAUGCCCUUCUCUGAUUUUUGCUGUUUGUAGGUGGCGUUCUUUUCAGUUUGGAGGAAGGGGCUUCUUUUUGGAAUCAGCUUCUGACAUGGAGAAUAGUAAGUGUGUUUAGCUGCUGUAUAUCCAGAUAAAGCAUGGGAUUCUGGAAAUUAACCAGUUUUAUUAAACUGCAUGGGUAUAUCACGCUAUGUUAGUGUGCGAUAAACGAUUUUAGGCUUUUUAAAUAGAAAAGGCCACUUCUGUGAAAUUUACGUCAAAAACAUUGAAAAUAAAGAGUUGCUCAGUCUUCAUUUAAUUUUAUUACAGAUUUAGUAAAUUCUUUCGCAAUCCAGACAAGGCACAGCCAGGGCAAACAUUGCAAAUAAGAGACAAAAUAGACACCUAUUGACAACAUGUGUUCUCAAUACUGACUGCCAGGCUUCUAACCAUGAUUGACAGGAAGCUAAGAAUACAAUGUAUUUUACACAGCUCACAAAUAUAUGUUUUUAAAUAAAGGGUUAAGUGAACAUAAUAUUAAAGGUACUGGAAAGGGCCAAGUUACUCUGCCUUUUAGAGAAAGCCGGUACUACGAGUUAAAGGGACAAGCACAAAUAAAAAAUGUGCGCUGGAAGGAUUAAUAUGAUUGGAAGAUGUAAUAAGCCAAUCUGAGUAUAAUCCUAGUCACGGAGUCUGAGCGUCGUGGGAACAACAAAACUAGGUGAUCUCCCCAAUGCAACUCCCAUAAGUAGGCAAAACCACGAAACCUUUCCAUCACUUUGGCUCUUUUACUGAUACCCUGAAAGCUCGAAGGCUCUUGGCAUUUUAAUUAUUUUUUUCCUGUACAAACAAAGAUACAUAUACAUAUACAUAUACACACACACUCAGGUCCAUAAAUAUUGGGAUAUCGACACAAUUCAAAUCUUUUUGGCUCUAUACACCACCACAAUGGAUUUGAAAUGAAAUGAACAAGAUGUGCUUUAACUGCAGACUUUCAGCUUUAAUUUGAGGGUAUUUACAUCCAAAUCAGGUGAACGGUGUAGGAAUUACAACAGUUUGUAUAUGUGCCUCUCACUUUUCAAGGGACCAAAAGUAAUGGGACAGUUGGCUGCUCAGCUGUUCCAUGGCCAGGUGUGUGUUAUUCCCUCAUUAUCCCAUUUACAAGGAGCAGAUAAAAAGUCCAGAGUUCAUUUCAAGUGUGCUAUUUGCAUUUGGAAUCUGUUGCUGUCAACUCUCAAUAUGAGAUCCAAAGAGCUGUCACUAUCAGUGAAGCAAGCCAUCAUUAGGCUGAAAAAACAAAACAAACCCAUCAGAGAGAGAGCAAAAACAUUAGGUGUGGCCAAAUCAACUGUUUGGAACAUCCUUAAAAAGAAAGAACGCACCGGUGAGCUCAGCAACACCAAAAGACCCGGAAGACCACGGAAAACAACUGUGGUGGAUGACCAAAGAAUUCUUUCCCUGGUGAAGAAAACACCCUUCACAACAGUUGGCCAGAUCAAGAACACUCUCCAGGAGGUAGGUGUAUGUGUGUCAAAGUCAACAAUCAAGAGAAGACUUCACCAGAGUGGAUACAGAGGGUUCACCACAAGAUGUAAACCAUUGGUGAGCCUCAAAAACAGGAAGGCCAGACUAGAGUUUGCCAAACAACAUCUUAAAACGCCUUCACAGUUCUGGAGCAACAUCCUAUGGACAGAUGAGACCAAGAUCAACUUGUACCAGAGUGAUGGGAAGAGAAUAGUAUGGAGAAGGAAAGGAACUGCUCAUGAUCCAAAGCAUAUCACCUCAUCAGUGAAGUAUGGUGGUGGUAGUGUCAUGGCGUGGGCAUGUAUGGCUGCCAAUGGAACUGGUUUUCUUGUAUUUAUUGAUGAUGUGACUGCUGACAAAAGGAGCAGGAUGAAUUCUGAAGUGUUUCGGGCAAUAUUAUCUGCUCAUAUUCAGCCAAAUGCUUCAGAACUCAUUGGACAGCGCUUCACAGUGCAGAUGGACAAUGACCCGAAGCAUACUGCAAAAGCAACCAAAGAGUUUUUUAAAGGGACACUAUAGUCACCUGAACAACUUUAGCUUAAUGAAGCAGUUUUGGUGUAUAGAACAUGCCCCUGCAGCCUCACUGCUCAAUCCUCUGCCAUUUAGGAGUUAAAUCCCUUUGUUUAUGAACCUCCCUGCAUGUGACUUGCACAGCUUUCCAUAAACACUUCCUGUAAAGAGAGCCCUAUUUUAGCUUUCUCUAUUGCAAGUUCUGUUUAAUUAAGAUUUUCUUAUCCCCUGCAAUGUUAAUAGCUUGCUAGACCCUGCAAGAGCCUCCUGUAUGUGAUUAAAGUUCACUUUAGAGAUUGAGAUACAAUUAUUUAAAGGGACACUGUAGUCACUAUAACCAUUUCAUCUCUUUGAAUUGGUUAUAGCGCCUGGAGUGACCUGGCACUGUCCCUCCAUUUAGUGUUGCACCAUGUUUGUGCAGUAUUCCACAAAAUAAGAGUCCCUGGCCACCCACAGUCCAGCCCCUUCUGUAUGUGUAGCUAAGGCAGAGAGUACACACUUCCUUGUUGUCAUACCCAUUCAUACCGUCAGUUGGAGCUCUGACAGGCUAAAAGCUGUCAGCUGACACUCUCAGCCAAUCACAGCUGCCCAUUGCUGCUCAGGGUAAUACUUCCUUAUUAGCCAAAGCAGCACAGAGGGGAUGGACUGCCGGGGGUUUCUUGUUUAGCAUUAAAACAUUACAACAUUAAAAACUGUUUAAUGCUGAAAGAAAUGAUUCAACAGGGGACUCCAGACACUAUAACCAGUUUAAUGAGAUGAAGCAGAUACAGUGCCUACGGUGUCCCUUUAAGGUAAAUUACAUCUGUUUGAAAGUGAAACCAGUUUUUUUUUUUUUUGUUUUUUUUUAUAUGCAGGUUCUGUCAAUCAUAGCCAGGGGAGGUGUGGCUAGGGCUGCAUAAACAGAAACAAAGUGAUUGAACUCCUAAAUGACAGUGAAUUGAGCAGUGAAAUUGCAGGGGAAUAAUCUAUACACUAAAACGGCUUUAUUUAGCUAAAGUAAUUUAGGUGACUAUAGUGUUCUUUUAAGGGAAAGAAGUGGAAUGUUAUGCAAUGGCCAAGUCAAUCACCUGACCUGAAUCCGAUUGAGCAUGCAUUUCAUUUGAUGAAGGGAAAAUGCCCCAAGAACAAGCAGGAACUGAAGACCGUUGCAGUAGAGGCCUGGCAGAGCAUCACCAAGGAUGAAACCCAGCGUCUGGUGAUGUCAAUGGGUUCCAGACUUCAGGCUGUAAUUGACUGCAAAGGAUUUGCAACCAUGUAUUAAAAAGUGAAAGUUUGACUUAUGACUGUUAAUCUGUCCCAUUACUUUUGGUCCCCUAAAAAGUGGGAGGCACAUAUACAAACUGUUGUAGUUCCUACACCAUUCACCUGAUUUGGAUGUAAAUACCCUCAAAUUAAAGCUGAAAGUCUGCAGUUAAAGCACAUUUUGUUUGUUUCAUUUCAAACCCAUUGUGUUGGUGUAUAGAGCCAAAAAGAUUAGAAUUGUGUCGAUGUCCCAAUAUUUAUGGACCUGAUUGGAUUUCUUUCCUUUUCCAACGAAUUCCAGCACUGCCUCUGUGUUCUGUGCUGGGGGAUAACCCAUCUGGCGGUUCACAAGGCUGACCUGAUGUGUAUCCACUUUAAAGUUAACGAGGUUUACCUCAGAUUGCCCUGCCUGUUGCACACACUGCUGUCCCAUUGUUGGUUUAAAUACCCCCUCUAGGGAGCUGCCACGUGGGUACUUCAUGUUUAUGGCUCCAGGAUUUUCUCAGUUGCUGAACCCAGUCAUGUUUCAAGGGAUUAACAAAGAACUCUCUAUUACGCCAUUUUCCUCCGCCUCUGACACAUACCGCAAGUAGCUGGUCACGGGGUUGAAUAAUUAAUGCAACUCUUUCAGUGUAUCUUCACUCAGGGUUAGGAUUUAACGUUAACUAUUAUAUUAUCCAUGACCUGUGUUUGGUCCACAGUGCUAGCUUGGCGACCCAUUCCUCUAUUAUAUGUUUUACAUUUAAUCCCAUUGUACAGCGCUACGGAAUUUGCUGGCGCUAUAUAAAUAAUAUUUAUAAUGCUGUAAAUCAAUUCUAUUAGUCUCAUGCCACAAUCAGAGGAAGCUCCAUUUGACUGCGGAUUGUAGAGCUGCUACAGUACCCACUGGCUUUUGCGCACUUGUCAAGUCAAAUGGCAUCGCGUGACUCAUGAUCUGAAAUUUGUACUCAUUACGUGACAGUAUCUCUAUUACCUGCAGAAAAGUGCUACCACAAUAUGCACCCUUUACAGGCAAGCAAGCUGUUUGUGACAGAGAUGCCAAUCCCAGCUCUUUCCUCUUCCGUUUUUGUCUCCUGGCAAACUUGGCAACUCUGCCGUAGUCUGGGAACUAAUUAAUAAGAUAUGCCAGUUGUAGGAACCAUUAGAAUUCUCUGACAGCCUCAUUGUGUAUUCUUCACACAGGUGGAAGUAUGUUUUAAAUGUUAAAGAUUAAAUGCUUCUUUUUAAUCAUUGUCAUUUUUGUACAGAUUAUAACAGCAGGGGGUUUUAACCUCCUGCAACAGGGCAUUGCUUAUAUUAGUAGAUACAUAAUUGCUGUGCCUUCCUGUGCUUGUAUCUGUUUUCUGAUUGUAUAUAUUUUUGUUCUACCUGUAAGUUCUUUGCGUCCAUGAUCUCAACCUUCACACUGAAUUUCGUGCUGAGUUUUUACAACCAGAAACCGGGGGACCUCUCCAACCCAGGUCUGAUUAACUUUGGGAGAUUUGACACUGAUGUGAGUAAUGGACUGCUUUUUAAUAAGCAUGUUAAUGAUUUUUUGAACCCAAAAGAUGAUUCAUGCUCUAAUGCACAAUAAGUCCUUAUUUCUUGCUUUUUUGAGUGCCUGGUCUUCCCGUGGAUUGGAUAGGACAGUUGAGAAUUAGACAGCGAUCUUCUGUGCGAGACGGAGAAGAUUUACUUAGAGAGCUCAGAUUUAUUGACAUCGCUAUCCAAAUCUGAGAAUCUUUUCCUUUCCCUAGUGUCUGAUAAAUGUGUUUGUGAUAUAUAAAACCCGAUUGUAGCAUGUCAACUACUAAAACCUGCUUUAUUUAGUAAUUCUUACACCCUCCCCACUAUUGUGUUUUUUAGUUUAGUAAAUUAAAAAUAAGUCCAGUCAGCCUGUGUCCAUUCCAGAUGAAGCUUUGGGAAACGUUCUAUUAUGUCCGUAGACUGGAUUCUCCGCAUAUCUGUCCUAAUGUCUCACAUUCUUAAUGCUGUGUAUCGGUAUUAUAUUAACUGUUAAGCUCUUUUCUCAAGACCCAUUUGUUGCUAUUUUCUCUUUGAUAAAACUCGACAGCUUUCUAUAAUAGCAAAAAUAACCUGAUCCGGUUUAAUGGCGAGCCCAGUUUUGUAUCGCAUCCUGUAUUGUGGUCACACAGGCUUUGGACUGGCAAACUCUGUAACUAAUGGGAGGCUAUAUAUAUUUAUCGUUCUUUAUCCCAUUAGCUGCAUGAGUUCUAUUUUAGAGCAGUGAUUCAGACUUUUUCUUUGAGCUAAAUUGGGACGUUUUAUCAAAAUUAGUCCUGCAAGCGCAGCUCAAAUCCUUAUUAAUAGUUUCUAAUCCCCGUCUUACUUGUGAAACCAGAUUUUAUUCAUUGUGUAGUCUUGAUGUCUAGGACACAUUUGUGAUUUUAUUUCUGAGCCAGCUGCAGUGAGAGCAAUGUAUUUGUGAUAUCCUGUAAUGGUUGUAACAUUCACAAGGGCAACUCCACAUUGACCUUUAACAUAUAUAUUUGUGUUUUUAAAUUCAGUGUGAGUCCAAGAUUAUAAUUCUCCCUUCUCUUGCACAAAGAAAAACUUAAAAAUGAGGUAAAUCUCUCAUUUGAUUCAAAUCCUGUAUUUACAGCUUCUUCAUUGAAGGCUGACGCCAUGAAGCACUUCAGUUUCCCAAGAUAAAGCCCUGUGUUGUCCUUUAGCAGUUAUCCCCUUAUCCCACAAAUCUCUGUUAUUAGUGCAGCUGGGAUUCCUGCUAGGUGCGAUUUACUUCUACUGUGACAGCAAACCGAACGUGUGGGAGUGAGAGCUUGUAGUGUAACUAAUUGUAAUCUUACCUACACAGUGCAUCUAACGUGUGUGUGGGAGCCUGGAGUGUCCCUUUAAUAAUAUAAACCCACCCAGUAUAACUGUAACCUAACCUAACCUUCACAGUGCAUCUAACGUGUGGGAGCCUGGAGUGUCCCUUUAAUAAAAUAAAACCACCCAGGAUAACUGUAACCCAACCUACACAGUGCACCUAAUGUGUGUGGGAGCCUGGAGUGUCCCUUUAAUAGAACAGGCUUUAGUCUAACAUAUGGAAAGUUUGCAUGGAGAGAGAAUGCCUUGCCGCCUCAGUUGCACAAUUCCCCAAAUAAUGCUUUAAGUGCACAAUGUGUAGAGGGUGAUAAGGAAGCACAGGAUAUUGUGUAAUAUCAGCCUUGUAUUUACAUUACAGAAUAUUACUGCCCAUAGAAGAGAGUGCUUCACACUGUCUAGAUUGUAAUGAGUACGAUGCAUGCAGUGUAUGUAAGGCUUGUUCACUAAACUGCGAAUGGUGAAGAAUCGAUAUGGACGUUGUAGUGUUAGACCUGUGUAGCUGAGCUGGAGUAAUUAUCCUUUAAACCAUUUAUCUAGCUCAGUGAUUUUGACAUGAAAUUUGCCGUUCCUAAUUGAAUUAGUAAAACCUGCAGGUAGUCAGUUAUAAAGGGAUACUGUAGUGUAAGAAAUACAAACCUCUGACUGCCAUUAGAGGCAAUCUUAACCAUGUAAUGUAAUUAUUGCAGUUUCUCAGUUACACUGCAGGACUAAGGGGGACAGGAACAUUGCACAUAGACCACUUCAAUGAGCUGUCUCUUUAAGACAGACAGCAGCACAAGACUAAUUUCUGCGUUUAGCGUGACUCCUUUUCAGUGGUGAAACAUAACCGCCCGAAGUCAUGGUAAAUGGAAUAAAAACUUUGAUAUGGACGACUGUGGGAUUUUCUGAAUCAGCAUCUCCCCUUCCAUUCAAUGACAUGCUGUCUUGUGAUAACAUUAUAUGGUUUUCAUGGUAUUUCAAUUCAUAAAAUAGCUUUAAACCACACUAAAAGAAAUGUCAUCCGUUUAGAGGAACAGUAGUUGUGUGUUCUGCUCAGUCGUCAAUCUUGUAUUUUAAGCCGUGAAUUGUACUGGCUUUUUAAAACUUGCAGACUGCACUGAAUGUUUGAUCGAUCUCUCUGUCUCUAUUGAUUUGUUUAUAGCGUUUAUACAUGAAAACACCACAGAUUGUGUUGGUGCUCUGCGUACAUGGGAAGCAAAUGUUCCCCCGAUAUGGAAUGAUUAAUCAGUACUUCUUAGAGAGAACGGGAGAUAAUGUUUUGUAUGCAAAUAAGACUCUUUAAUUGUGCCUCAUUAUCUAAAAAUAAAAGUUAAUUUUUUGCCCACUAACUAUAAAUAUGUACUUAAAUCCUUAUCUAUGUUUUUACAGGAAAAUACAUACAAGUACUUUGAACUCCCCAUUUUUAUAGUAAUGGGAGCAAUGGGUAAGAGAUUUCGAUUUAUUGUGUGUUUUUUUUUUUUUUAAUCUGCAUUUCCUUACGUGGUUUGAUAAAGGGGGAACCUCAUACUUAUGGGACUUGUAGUUAUUUUACGGUAACACUAGAGAUUUUCAAGCUGUAAAAUAUCACUAUUGUGCUAAUCACUAUGUUGUAGCUAUUUGAAUCAUUUUUAAAGCUGCGGUCCUGACAAACAGUCUGCCAUUGUGCAGCAAUCUGCGUGGCCCCGUUCUGCCUUCACUGCUUUCCUUCUUCCUACUCUACCUAGAGCAACUUUAAAUUCUGAUGUUGUAGAACUUGGCAGAAUGUUAUCCAACAAUUCUGCAUUAAAGGGACACAUUCUUUAUAGCCGAAUGUUUUCCUUUAAGGCAUGGUAAACACAGUGCAUUCUUUCUGACCUGCGUAUUGGAUGUGGACAUCCUGCACAGUAGACAUGCCAUUUAUUGUGGUUUUUGUUCCCGGAUGUAGGUGGGAUGAUUGGAGCUUUAUUCAAUGCUCUGAACAACUGUCUGACUGUUUUCCGGAUCAGGUAACUUUCUCUCUCUAUCCUGCUAUGUCCUAUAAAUAUGUCAUAUCUGUAAGAGCAGAAUUUUCACAUUAAAUGAUAUUUGCGUGUGUUCCCUCCUCCCUCCACGAACUCUGGUUUGCUCAUUAAAUUAAAGGAAACAAGGAAACUGCUUCUUUUUUCAUUAGUAAGUAGAUCUGGUCAUUCAUGACUUCCUUGCAUAAAACCAGAAGAAGUAUUUGGGCUCUGCAGGCAAAUUCUCAGACUUUUGAAUAAGAUCCGUGGGAUAAUGUUGACAUUUUCACUUUAUUUUCCACUGUACAAUUCCGACCCCAUUGAUAACUGUUACAUAUAGAGAUUGAAUCAUUAAACAGUGAAAUUGUAGUGAAUGAUUGGCUGGAACUUUGGAGAGACCAUGCUUUAAAUAGAGAAACACUGUUACUUUAGGAAUACAAGGAAAAUAAAGAUUUAUUUUGAGGAUCCCUGCACAUGCUCGUUGAACGCUGCGCACAUUUAAACAUCCCCAUUGAAUAAAUUCAUCCUAUGGGCUUCUGCGCCACAUGACAUUUUACUUGGUCAUUGCUGUGGAAGCACCUCCAGUGGCUGUCAGUAUGUCCGUCACUGGAGAUGGACUUCAAUGUAAGCAUUGCAGUUUCUAUCAGAUUAGACUCACUAUGCGUGACUAUAGUGUCCCUUUAAUAUCCCAUGGAAUGCUAGUUGCCAUGCAGGAUUUGCAAUUUUCGCAAGUUUACUGUUAUAUAGUGACAUAAAUAAAAACUUGCUGCUACGGGCAGCAUUUUUCUUGUGGCAAACUGGGAAAUAUUCUAUCCCCACUACUCUAAAUUAUUAUUGCUAUCAGACAGCUCACGGGGUUGUAAAACUUUUUAUGCACCAAACUGUGGGUCGCUCUGCUUCUAUGGACCUGCCUCCGCUGUCAGUCCUCCUGGUUACUGAAUUGAGUCCCAUAAUUCUGUGCCAGCCUGUUCAUUUCCAGAACUAGCUACAAAGAUGCAAUUGGAAGAACGGGUGCGUGCCAGAUGAACAUGCUAGACCCUGCAUUUAUAUCGUCCCAAUGAAACAUCUGCUGGGAUUAUAGUUUUUAAAUUCUGUGUUUUCCAGUCACCAGCUUCACUUCAUUCAGUGAUAUUAUUAUUAUUAUUAUUAUUAUUAUUUAUAUAGCACCAUCAGAUUCCGUAGCGCUGUACAAUUGGUGGACUAACAGACAUGUAAUUGUAACAAGACAAGUGGACGUACAGGAACCUAGAAGUGGAGGGCCCUGCUCAAUGAGCUUACAUUCUAGUUGGAGUGGGGUAUAGUGACACAAAAAGUAAAAGUAGGGGGUGAUAUGAAAGUUAAUUGAUUUAUCGAGUCAACAAAUUACGUACAAAAUGCAAGCCAUAUACGGGAAUUUGAGGGAGAAAAAAAUAUCUAUCUUCCAUAACCAGGAAUUUAAUGAGUUGGCAAUGAAUUGCAAUAAUUUGAUAAAACAACCUAUAAAAUUUAGUCUUAAAGAUAUCAUGGUUUUUGUAGAUUUACCUUGUUUGAGAUUAAGAAUGUCAUUGGCACAGUCCGAGUUUAAAUUACUGACACCAAAUUGUAGCGUAUUGAAAGCCAAAUUGCAAAAUUUAGGCUGAAAUAGUCCAGCUGUGACAUUUUUCCAUAACUGCACUUAUUGACGAUGAUUUUAAAAUAAAUUGCAGUAGUGAAAUUGUCAAAACACUAACUUUUGUUUCUUUUUAUCAAAUGUUAAUAUCUAUUUUUAUUUAUUUUUACCAGCUGUCAUUCAGAUCUAUAUUUGUUUUUAAUCUGUAUGUGACUGAGAUGUCCCUUUCCAUCCAGGGUGGUUUAGGGUUACUGGUGUUAAUUUUCUGGAAUGGGGCUUGCAAAGUAAAACUGUUUUUCAGUUCAGAUUUCUAAAGAGAACAUUACUCAUAUUUCCAUCAUUCGGGGGGAUUAGUUCCCCAGCCUGCAUCUCCCGGGACACAUCUGGUAUACAGCUGAAUCUUGACAUUGAGUACUUCGUGCAGAAUUCAAUAUUCAGUCGUUCUCUGCUGGAGAGCUGUGGGCUUUAUGGGCCAGACAAACUUUAAUUUCUAUUCCCUGGAAGUCAGAUUACUGGACUUUUAACGCCUUAAGGACAUGUGACAUGUCAUGAUUCCCUUUUAUUCCAGAGGUUUUGUCCUUAAGGGGUUAAUGUGACAUUUUAGAAUGAUUUAUCGAGUAUAGCGGGGGCAGAGGGAGAAUGAGAUGAGCUCAGUGCCUGCCAUAUAAUAUUAAUAUUAAGAUCAAAGUACCUGUCCAUGCAGGGGCCGCAGGCAUUGGAUUAUGAGCAUUUGAAGUACCUGCAGUAUACCAUAAGCCAGAGGCAGGCAACAUUUGGCAAUCCAGAUUUUGCAUACUACAUCUCCCAGAAUGCUCUGAUAGCCAUAAUGCUGGCAAAGCAUCAAGGGAGAUGUAGUCCACAACAUCUGGAGUGCCGAAGGUAGUCUACCGCUGGGAGCUGUAUGUUCAGGCAAUAGCUGUGCUGCCAUCUAGUGGUUUAGCUAUGCUUUACACAUAGCUUAUUUGUUUUGGGAUAUACAGGUCGUAUUAAUUUUCUCCUACAAUGUUUGUUGGGAUUUUAAAAGUUGUCUCUGCUCUGAACUUGUUAAUUACCGCCUGAAAAAAAGCUUUGUGUUUUUGCCUGGGCAUGUGCUUAUUAUUUAUCCUAGCAAAGUUUUCUGUCACUUCCUACAAAGUCUGUAUUGAAAAACAGGGGAAUAAAUGCCUGAGAUGUGGGGUUACUUAAGAUCCACCUAUCCUAUCAAAUAUAGGGAAGAAGUCACACCUUAUAGCCAUACUAUGUUUGAAUUCACGACUGCUGCAAAGUUCCAUAAUAUUGCUGGAUCCUACUCUAAUCUUAACAUAAGCUAAGACAGAAUGUUUUAACUAGCCUUCUAAAAUGUAAUAUAUUUUUUUCUUGUGCUUGCUGUUGCCGAACCGCUAUUAAGAAAUUCAUGUUCUAGGUUUGCAGCUCAAUUUUUCUCCUCCUCCUAAUAGACCAGGCAUGUUUGUUUUUUUUAUAUUUGUUUUGUCCUAAUGAGACUGAUGUGAUGUAUCAGGUCUAGAAUGCUCGGUAUAAACAGAAAUAAUAUUUUGGAGCAAACUUCAAGUCUCGGAAUUUUAAACUACAUGUGCACGGUCAGGUGAAGGGAAACAGUCUUGUAUGACGUGGUUGUUAUACAGAGUUAUUAAUGAGCUUCUGUUUAAUUUGUGGUUUAUUUCAGUUAUUGCGACGUGUGUUUGAUAUUUAUCUCCUUGUUUCCAGGUAUCUUCACCGUCGCUACUUACAGGUGAUUGAAGCCAUGUUGGUGGCAGCUGUUACAGCCACCGUAUCCUUCGUCAUGAUCUACUACUCCACAGAUUGUCAGCCCCUGCGUGAGGAUGCCGUGGAGUACCCCCUGCAGGUAAGUUGGUUCUGGACAUCUGCACUAUGUACGUCCUCUAUAGCUCAAGAGUGGGCAAGUCCUAGAGACAAGAAAAUUGUUACCACUUACCAAAAAAACCCACCUAAUCACCACUUGUUUAAUACAAGAAGCUGCUGCUUUCUGGUAACAAGUGUUUUAAGCAAAUGUUUACAUAAAAAGUGUUACUAUGUGGGGGGGCGGGGCAGUUUGCAAGAGCUUUCCAAGAGCUCCGACAAUAAUGUGCUAAAAUCAGCUACUUACGACUGACUCAACACCCAAAGCAGCCCGGGCCAACUGGAGGACGAAGCAGAAGCAAACUGGGAUCACGGGGAAACCCGUCCCUUACGUACACGCCAUGAUACCGCUCCGUCCGGGCAUGCUGCCUAGCACUAAACAGGGCCAUGUGCCUGGGGGAGGCAGCCGAUCCCUCGGCACAGAAGGCUCACGACAGCCCUGCUACCCCCCUUGGACCGCUGGGGUCACACACAGCAACACCGCUGACUGAACCCAUGCCGUCAUGGAAGGCACCAAAUUUAGCAGCCACAGCUUCACCCACGCGACCCUGGGAGAGCACCAACUGCCUCACCGAGCAAACGGACUACACCGCAAGACUGGACGAGAUAUUUAACAAGUUCUGGAGAAACCUGGCCCUGCGCCAAAGGCAGCAAGCGAAUCAGCAGGAUAACAGCCCACAUCAAAGACCUCGUGGCACCCACAAAAUGGCCGCUACACCCGGUCUCCGGUCCCCCCACAGCCAACCCCACCGCUCGACUCCCCGGGCCAGACAGUUGAAGGUAGCAGGGUUCACCCAGUCCCCCACUGGGCUGGGAGGCCACAAAAGACAGCACCCUACCCACCGCACCAUAUACCAGAAAGGUCACCCAGGGAUCGGCUCUCCCGGAGGCCCACGGUCCCACCGCACAUCGUGGGGUGACCCGUGAACACAAGGGAAUGACUCCCAUCUCAGCUUGGGCUGGGGGAAAGGAGGGCCGCAGCUCUCUCACUGCGGAACCACCCGAUGCCAACAGCGUCACCAUUCCGGGCGGAGCACCGAGAGGGCAAAAAGGGUUGGACUUACCUAUUCAGGCACCACCACUACCGUCGACGGGGAUCAACUGAUCCUGAUGCUGGACCUAGAUCUAGACUUCCGUGCUACCUGCCACGACACUACACACUCGGAGAGGUACACUGAGGGCCCAUAUCCUUCAAGCUCACGACUGACUUUAUCACCCUGCUUACCGCAGCCUCAAGGUUUGUUUAUAUGCCAGUUCAGUCACUCAGUCAUAACAUGCCAGCUGAUGCACGUACCUGUAUAACAUAACGACUAGAAUGUCCUUUAGUUAGAAAGUAUUGCCUAUUUUCUUUUUUAGUUAAUUUCCAGCACACAAGGGCCACAUUAACAUAACCUAAUAAUAAAAAUAUGCUGUAACCUUACGAAUAGCACCCAGCGGCUACUAAGCUACAGAAAUAAUCCUAGUUCAGCGUGUUACAAAUUCUCCUUUUCAUAGAUGUUAUUGUUGGGGUACUCAUUAUGUAUAAAUUGUGCUUAUUGCCAUCUUAAUCUCUGACAUAACUUUAAGCUAGUUUAUUACUCUCAAAAAAUUUGCUGUUUUUAUCUCCAAUGCCACAAUAUCAAAUCUCUUGAAAAGCCUGUACCGAUUAUCAUGGCAUAGCAAACCUGUAUGUCAAACUUUUGCACAAAAAAAAAAAAAAAGUGUUACUAUGUCUCUGUUGUACCACUGGAACCACCCUGGGAAUUGGCCAAGCCUUUUAAAGGUAUGUUUUUUUCUUUCUUUAGUUGUUCUGCGCUGAUGGGCAGUACAGCGCCAUGGCAUCUGCCUUUUUUAACACGCCGGAGAAAAGUGUACGCAGCCUCUUCCACGAUCCUCCAGGUUAGUGCUAAUGUUUCCUGUCUGAGUGCCCUGGGAGUUGUUGCGAAAUAGUCCCAUAUUUCUGAGAUCCUGUUUGUGACUCUCUUCUCAGGUACUUUCAAUCCCCAGACGCUGGGCUCAUUCACUCUACUGUAUUUCUUCUUGGCGUGCUGGACGUACGGCCUGACUGUGUCGGCGGGAGUUUUCAUCCCAUCCCUUCUGCUUGGAGCCGCCUGGGGCAGACUGUUUGGGAUCUUCCUAACCUAUAUUCCAAAUUCUGUAUGUGUGUUUCUUUUUAUCCACUUUUCCUCCAGUGUGAAACCGAUCUAGUUGUAUGAAACACACUGAACCUGCAUUGCGUUUUAUUUGGUUUAAUCUCUGAUGGCUCACCUUGGAAAUCUAGUUUACAAACCUCAAGGAAAUAUAGGUCACAAACAUGUAGUUGCACCAAAAUAUAAUUCACAAACAUCUCAGGAGCCAAACACGGCUGUCCCUGCCCGAUAAGACCACAUUCAGACCGGCACACUGAAAGCUGCUGGAUAAGAUAUGAAAACAUCCUAUAUAUAGUUGUAAGUUGGCACUGAAAUGGCCACGAUUGUUUUAAAUCAUGGGCUCCCAUUUAUUUGUUUUCUGUUGCAGUAACUCUGAUAAUGCCCGAAUGUUUAUUGGGAGGGAAUACAUAGUUAUAUCUUUGACAUCAUAGAAGAUGCAACAUGGCGCAAAAUACCAUUGUUGCAAUUUCAGAAUUUAUUUCCGCCACAUUGGAAAGAAGGAAGCAUUAGGCCUCGCAAUAAAAGGCUGGUCUGCUUCAUGAUCAUUAGUCUCUCUUAGGAAACAUAUAUUUGGUUUAAAUACCUUCUAAAGUCUCCUGUGCAACCAUUUGAGGAACAGAUAGCUGAGCUGCAUUUUAGUGAGUUAAAAUUAAUAUUCUCUGUUUUUUGUUUCCCAGACAUGGGCUGAUCCUGGUAAAUAUGCUCUGAUGGGAGCAGCAGCGCAGCUUGGUAAGUAGACUUUGGUUUUUACCCAGAAUCCUCUUGGUUUGUCACAGUGGUCUAUGUGAUCUGUUUAUCAGUAGGAGUUUGCCCCUAGUUCAAUGAAUUUUAACUGCUCUUCUUUAUCUUAAGGUGGGAUUGUAAGGAUGACGCUAAGUCUCACGGUCAUUAUGGUGGAAGCUACAGGAAACGUCACCUAUGGUUUCCCAAUUAUGCUGGUCCUCAUUACAGCUAAAAUAGUGGGAGACAUUUUUAUUGAGGUAAGAGGGCACACUGACCUGUCGCUGUGAGUCUCCAUGCACACAUGGCAAGCUGUAAUUCCUUUUGUCCAUACAAGUAUUUGCACCAUGCUGGGUGACGGCACAGCAGAGAUUUAUGGGAGUUUUAGUUCAGCUGUCAGCAUUCGAAGUAGAAACCGGAUAAUUGAAUUGGUCGCAGUAACCCCUACUGUGUCAACCAAGACCAGUUACAUAGUAAUGAGCUACAAAUAACAAUUGAUUUUGCCUUUCACGUAUCUAAAUUCCUGCUUUUGAUCCCUGCUGUACAGGGAUUUAUGGGAUAAUCUCCGUAUUCCAUUAGACGUUUUAGGCGCUUCAUGAUUGGUUGAGGCAAUUUGUUUUCUGGACAAUCAGAAAAACGUGGGAUAUACAGUAAAUACCAAAGCUUUAAAACUGUAGUACCUUAAUUUAAAUUCAUAUAUAGGUUCAUAAAUACGUUCUUUAAUGGAACAUUUGUGUCCCUUUAAUGGGGGUGUGUGAGAAACCAAAAGGCAUUGAUGGUAAAACCAGAAGAAUAAUAGCAAGGAGACUAAAGAAAGUAGUGUAUAUAAAAUAUUUAGUCAUUUGUAUCCCUAUGGGGUUUUUGCAGUCUUAUAUAUGCAAAUUAACAUUUGUAAAAUAAGAUUCUAUAUGAUCUGUUGGUGAGGGUGAACACUGUCUCCCAUUCCCUUUCUCGUUCCUGUUCUUCAGUCGAUGGUGCCCUGAGUUGACUUGGGUGUAGUGCGUUCUGUGUGGUUCUCCUGUUCCAAUAUGCUGCCAUUUUUAUCAUAACUCGCACUUAUCUAGCACCGACAUAUUAUGCAACGUUUCAGUGAUAUCGUUGGGUUAUACAUUACUAACGAUGACAGACAUGAGGUGACGUGUGCCCUACAAAAACGAGAUUACUUUUCUUUUGUACAGAACGUCUUCUUUGUACUGCACUGUGUAAAUGUAUAAAUGUCUUCUGUAUUCCAUCAGGGUCUUUAUGAUCUUCACAUUAAGCUGCAGAGCGUCCCGUUCCUGCAUUGGGAAGCUCCAGUUACCUCUCACUCCCUAACUGCCAGGUAAGUACAAUGCUUGAUUCACCCCUCUUGUACUGGGAGUGCAGAAUACUUAUAGACUCUAGUGGAGACAUUGUUCUUUGUACUAUAUCAAGCCAUUUAUUGGGAAAUGCUGCCCUCUUGUGUUUAUUUUGAGCUAUUGCUAGUUGUAAUUUUUUUGGAAACAGUAUUGACAGGGUUUUUUUUUCUCUCUUAUUGAUUUCUUUAUUUUUAGCAAUUUUGUGAACAUGCAGAGUGCAUACUUUAGAGAGUAAAUCUUGAUCUAAAUGUUAUUAUUGACCAAUGCACAGUAAAUUAUAUAUCUAAUAUUUGUGAUCAGGAUGCAAAACCAUAUAUCCAAACUUUCAAUCCUAAAUGUCUUUCUACACUAGGCUAUUUUUAGCCCGGGUUGGGUUUUACUUCCAUUCGCUGGUAACAGCAAUUAGGUAGGAUCAGGCUGUCAUUCAUUAUCGCUUAUUGAUCCUAUUUUGCUAAUCCCAUAUACUUUUCUGACCUGACAUAGUACGCAUUAUCUAGGCAUCGAGCACCUCUCCUAACGGUUGCCUUUGGUCUACCAGGUUAUACUUUAUGGUUUACCUCCGUAUUAUUAAGGUUUUUGUUAUUUUCUAGAUUUCACUGGGAUUUUAAUCUAGUGGUCACUCUCUGAGAGUGGUCUCUUAGGGUUUUCCUCUAUAUUUAUAGAUUACUUUGGGUUACCACCGUCUUCCUAGUCUAGGUGACCACACUGGUUAAGGCACAAGGUGUGGGAGCUCUGUUAAGCCCCCAUCAUAGACCUUUACCUUUCCUUCUCAUUAUUACUUUUCAUAUAUCCAAAAUUAACAGUAACUCUGUGAUAAUGGUUAAUAAAUGAAAGCAAAAUUACGUGGCUGCAGGGCAGGGAGGAACUACCUUGCUACUAUUUUUGUGUGUAUUUGUGUAUUAUUAUUAUUAUUAUUAUUUUUGUAAAAUUUUAUUCUCAAUGCAUACUUCCUGGUAAAAUAUUUUAAAAUUUUUAAAAAAUUUCUUUAAAUGUCUAUUUCAUCUGAGUAUACAUUUUAUUUCCCUGUUUUUCAGGGAAGUGAUGAGCACACCAGUCACCAGUCUGCAUAGGCGUGAAAAAGUGGGAAUCAUUGUGGACAUCCUAAGUAACACUGCGUCCAAUCACAACGGCUUUCCUGUGAUUGAAAAUAACGGCGAAACUGGACAGGUCUAAAACGAGUUUUACUCCCUCUUGUAGAGAAUGCCCACCACCAACUCUAUUUUAGCGGCUUAAAGGGAAACUCCAGUGCCAGGAAAACAAUCCGUUUUCCUGGCACUGCAGGUACCCUCUCCCUCCCACCCCCCAUCCCAGGUAGCUGAAGGGGUGAAAACCCCUUCUGGUCACUUACCUGAGACCCCGCCGGCGGUGGUUUCGGGUCAGCGUCGCUCCUCCCAGUAAUUGUGUCAGCCAGUGGGCAAGACUGAUCCCGCCCGCCGGCUGAGGAAACCUAAUGCGCAUGCGCGGCAUUGCCUUAGGUCUCCCCAUAAGAAAGCAUUGAAAAAGUUUUCAAUGCUUUCCUAUGGGGAAUUGAGCGACACUGGAGGUCCUCACACAGCGUGAGGACGUCCAGCUACGCUCUAGCAAAGAAAAUCUUUGCCAUGAAUCAGGAAGUGCCCUCUAGUGGCUGUCUAGUAGACAGCCACUAGAGGUGGAGUUAACCCUGCAAUGUAAUUAUUGCAGUUUAUAAAAAAAACUGCAAUAAUUACUCUUGCAGGGUUAAGAGUAGUGGGAGUUGGCACCCAGACCACUCCAAUGAGCAGAAGUGGUCUGGGUGCCUGGAGUGUCCCUUUAACCCCUUAAGGACACAUGACAUGUGUGACAUGUCAUGAUUCCCUUUUAUUCCAGAAGUUUGGUCCUUAAGGGGUUAAGGGCUUCAAUUUAUUCCCAGUACAAUGUUACUGACCCUCGAACCAGUUUGAAGACCAUUUACCAAUAUCGCAUAAUAUUUCAAUUGGUUCAUCCCCUCCAUAUCAUGGGGAAAAAAAACAUUCGUUCAGCUUGAAAUUACAAUGAUUCCACUGAACUAGACGCUUAUCAGGACAACCGACACAGAGAGUAAUGUCUAAGAAAGAAUAUGCCAAUUAAUGUGCUUUGUGUGACAGCCGUUACUCAUAGACAGUGACUUACUCUGCCAAGUAUAUAUGGUUAAACUUCUGUUUCCAUUUUUAUCGAAUUCCUCAAUGCAAUGAACCCAUCUUUCUGUGUUUGCAGCCGUCCAGGUUAUGCGGUUUGAUCCUACGGUCCCAGCUGAUUGUUCUGCUCAAACACAAGGUAAAUCCACGUAGAACGUUCUCAGCUGGUACAUCGGUUAUUCUGUCCGGACAUGGCCCCGCUGGAUGCUGGUUUAGGGAAGGACACAGGCGCUCACAGCUGGCAUGAAAUUCUUCCUGUUUGAGCUUUCAGUACCACUGAAUCUUCACAUAAAGAAGCGGUUUAAUAAUUUUUUCAUCUUUAUGUUAUAAAUUACAAACAGAUACUGCAAACCGCAAUGUGUACACUUAGACGAGUCAUUUCAUGCAGAUUGAUAUUUCACAUAAUCCUCGAACGCCCUUUUUUUUCCUUUUAUUUUUUUUUUCUGUUAUACACAUUACUCAUUAUGUGAGAGCUGUGUACUGGGAAUGGUCUCAACCAACAAACUUGCAAAAGCUAGUAAAAAAAAAAAGUACACUGACUUGGAUUCAUUGUAUCCAUUGAAACACUAUCAUUUGCAUGAAAUGCCUUGUGCUUUUUCAUAUGGAAUAAUUUCAGAGUAUUUUUUUAUAUCACUUGUGACAGUCUCACUUUAUGAAGGGUUAGUGCAGAGUAUGGGAUUAUAUGAUGCAGCAUUCCAGGCUCCCUUCUGGUCCUAUCAGUGGGUAUAAAAUGGUGCAACCUGCGUAGCAGUCUCAAGGCUUGGCGAAGACCUCCUGUCUAACCCCGUUAUUAUAUGGACCUGUGAUGAAGACUUUUGAAAAUGAAUGCAUUGUGUCUUCAUCUGCUACUCCUAGGUUUUCGUUGAGAGGGAGAACCUGAGCAUGAUCCAAGGGCGCCUGACGCUAAAGGAUUUCCGAGAUGCCUACCCACGCUUCCCGCCAAUCCAGUCUAUCCACGUGUCGCAGGAUGAGAGGGACUGUCUCAUGGAUCUCACAGAGUUCAUGAACCCUACUCCCUAUACUGUGCCCCAGGUACACAAACAUUCACCAUGCUCUAUGACUGUCCUGCUAGACAGUGACUAAUAAUCACUUAACCUAUAAUACAAAACUGGGAUUUGCUAUUUAAAUAUACAACAUUUGCUGUUUGGGAUUUAUGAGCUCAGAAUGUGUUUGGCUUUUUGGGGGGAGAAAUUCAAAGAUUUGAAUAGGCCUCAGAUAUGUUUAGACUAUUUAGGCACCAGUGGUUUGAUGUGGCGCAGAAUAAGUGAAGUUGCAAGACAGACAUCGAGACUUUGAGUUAUAGUGUAAGUCCAUUAUGGUAUCGCUUUGCCCAAAGUUUUAUGAAAUAAGUACAUUCUAAGGUGGGAUGUAGGAAUGGGCUUCAUGGGUUACAGUUAAAUGGUUAUGCAUUGGAGAAAGCAGUCGGGGUUAGAGGUGAAACAACUAUUCCACAAAAUACCAGACCCCCUUAUGCAAACCUAACCACUUUUAGGAGCCAAAUUGUGUCUCUUUGCAAUAACCUCAGUGUUACAUCAGCAUGCAGUUUCCUGCUUAUUCAUCAAUAGAACGUCUGCAUUUAUUAAUUAUCGAGUCAUUCCAUUUUUUAAUCUGAUCCUUUGAGAAUAUAUUAUGAAGAAAUAUAUUUAACAUGUUAAUUAACAAAGUAUUAACUAUUUCCUUUUCUUGUAGGAAGCAUCUUUGCCUCGGGUAUUUAAAUUAUUCCGUGCCCUUGGCCUAAGGCACCUUGUCGUGGUUGACAACCGUAAUCGAGUAAGUAACCUUUUAAUAGAACCCAGAACCCCUUCAUACAUGCACGCACCACAGCUAUCCUCCUUGUGAAAAGUCUCCAGCAAUCGUCUGGUCCAAUACAUUCUGCAGAUCAUUUUGUAAUGCCAGUGUUUGUUGAGUAAACUACAGAUUUACAAGGUCAAGUGAGACCUGUAUUAACGGCUGCUAAUAGCAAAAUUUGUGUUGAUCUGACAUUUAUUUACAUAAAAUAAAUAAAUUCUUGCUAGGGGUGGAUAUUGAUCAUUUAAUUAUAUUAUUAUUGAUUAUACAGUCUGUUGGCAGGUUGUAUCGCUCCAAUAUAGGAUAUAAUUCUAAAGUAUCCAUUUUUCUUCCUCUGCAGGUGGUUGGUCUGGUAACUAGAAAAGAUCUUGCUCGCUACCGAAUAGGAAAGCAUGGUUUGGAAGAAAUAUCGUUGGCACAUACGUGAUUUUGGACCAUUUCCCCCCUUUUCUUGGAAAUGAAGCUGUGUUCUGGGAUGGCACUGCCAUGUUUACGGCCUCCAUGGACGAGGGUGGAUUGACGGCUUGACCUACCAGACUACUUUGCUAUGUAUUAGACCCUUGCGGCCAGAGCAGUUUGCUCCUUGAACCUCUGUUAUCAAAAGGGUUAAAGGUUACAAUAUUUUUCAAUUCCACUGACCCUAUGCUGCUCCUCUCUAAACCAGCUCUCUGAAAAUUGCCAUGAUGCUGCUGAACAUAAUCGAUUUUCUUUUGCAAGUGAGCCUCACUUCUGGAUUGGGGCCUCUAUUUACAUGGAAUCCGGUCUCCGAGCAUUCUUCGAACUUGGUGAUGUCCAGAAAAUGGCAUCCAGAGUUUGAAUCCUAACUUGGUCUUAAAAUGAUAAUAAUAAUAAAGUAAAUGCUCUCUCUUUCAAUGAUAUACCAGAAUAUAUUUUGCACUGAAAUCUAAUCUGGAACCAAAAUAAAAUGAUAGGAUAUGGACUUCUCAUUGUACCUAGGAUUCUCUUUAAUUGUUGUUAGGCGAUGCUCAGGUAAUACAGGAUAGGUUUCUUUUUCACUUAAGCUACAUUUUUAAUCAGUUUAGAUCAUUAGUAUUUCCAAAAUGUAUCCGCUAUGCAUUCAGACGCCUGGGGUAUUUAAGAUACUGUGAUGGUAUCUGCGUUAUUUUAAAACCCCCAGAGUUUAAACAGAUACAGACGAUUGGGCUACCUCUCUGACUGUCCGUGAGUGUUAACAAUCCUCCACCGAUCUGGCUGUGUAACAAAAAAAAUGUUCACCUUGUUUUAACAGAUACACAAAGCUUUCUGCAAUCUAAUUCCUUACCCUCGGUUAGAAUCUGUAACUUCUCAAUUACACAGCUUGCGUUCUAAGUAAGGUACAUUGCUGACAAACAAGAUUUAAUGUAAUCAUUUCCUAACAGUGCAGUGGUAGGAGAACAUGCAGUAAAAUAAUAAACUGUUAACUUUGAGAGCAGUGAACUGUUGUUUUCAUGUUAAACUAAUACUUAAAUAAAUCUGUUUAAACUGUAAGCCAAGUUAAAAAUAUUCUGCUUGACCCAACGGACGCCUUAUAAUAUGAUCCAGUAUGCUGUAUACCAAAUAUCCCAUUUAUAAACAGGGUACUCACUGUGUAUUUUCACACCUGUUUACAUGCAAAUAUUAUUCUGCCCAUGUGCAUAGCUGAGAGACGCAUUUAUAAUGUUGUUUAAAGUACAGGAUUUUUUUAAUUUAGACUUUUCAUGGUUAUUUUUGUUUUUAAUAACCUCAGCUGCUGAUUACGUGCUGAAAUGUGAAAUGAACAAAACGCUUACUGGCAAGUGUUGAGCUAUUAUUUUUAAUUGGUUUGAGGUGUCUGACUGCAGUACAGUCAUUUCACCAGUAGGCUGCACUGCAGAUUUUGAAAACCUAUAUUUGAAUUAAAAAAAUAGAUAAAAAUAAAAUAAUUCUUGGACCAAUAUAAAACCAAAAAUAGUGAAUUUAGAUAACGUUAAUCCUGAAGUUGCUAUGAGAAGUGUUUUUAGAUUGUCCUAAAAUAUUGGUUCAUUUUCUCAAGUCAUAUCACACCAGAAAUAAAAGAAUCUGUGUAUUUUAUGUAUCAUACAGUCUUGUUUAAUCAUAACCUGUAAAGUACUUUCAUGACCCGUUUUAUAUUCUACUAUCACAAUUUGACCGCUAAAGACCUGAUGGCUGCAUGUAAUGUCUGUUUACGUAAACCUAUUGGCCCACAAUGCACUGCUGUUAAAUAAGUUAGAUGUUCAAUCUGAAAUUGAAACCUUAAACAGAUUGUUAUAAAUGUAUUGUCUGUCAUGUGUCCCUAAAAGGGAUCUGUCACUUCCUGGGAUUUUCAAUAUUCUGUUUAAUUUUCCCUAUAUAUAACAAAUGUUUAUUUGAUGUGGAGUUUAAAAUAAAGUGAGAUGUAGAAAUCACCCCUCUUUAUACUGCAAAUGGGCGGCUCCAUCUUAGCUCGAUGUAAAUCAUCGCUAUAAGCUCCGCCCUUUACACCUGGCUGUCAGCAUAGAGAAAGACGAUAAAUUAAACAAUGUAUCUAUUUGUCCUCUUCAUUUGCAAUAUGUGCCCUGGCUGUGCCUUGUCUGAACUUGAUUAUGACAUAAUUUGCUAAAUCUAUAAUAUAUAUAUAUAUAUAUAUAUAUAUAUAUAUAUAUAUAUAUCUAAUGUAAAAAGAAAUGGAAAAACAAAAAAGAGCAAGUUUUGCAGGUGAUUUUUCAAUGUUUUUGUCAACUGUGUCUAUUCCAGUGAAGUGACAGUUCUCCUUUAUUCGGUUACAGUUGUAAUGGGAUUGACCGGAUGGAUGCUCCAGUCUAGUUUUUUGGGUGGACUAAUGUGUGCAGAGGUCAUGUAAAGCUUCUUACAGUGUGUGAAUAUUGCAUUUCUGCAUCACUAGCAGGUGUGCUUGGUACUUUACAGAUUACAAUUACUGUAGACAGGCGGUAAAGUAAAUGCAGUCAGUAUGCUGACAUUAUAAGAGAUGGUACAGUUCGUGUUGUGUAUUGUUACACUGUGUGGGUUACACUGUCAGUGGACAUUGAAGGAGUCUGGGAAAGAAACGAUAGUGCAAUAAAUGGACAAGUUAAAUCUGUUGUGUUUUACGAAUGUAUUGCUUCGUUUAAAGUGUUUUAUUUGUGGAUUUAGUAAGGCUUGUAGUUUGAUUGGGUACAGUUAAGUAGAAAAUGUCUGAUUGAACACAGUGGUGGAGUUUCUUUUUAAUUAAAGGAGAGUGUAAAGUGUAUGUGGGUACAUGAAAAUGUAAGUGAUUCAUCUGAAUAAAAUGGCUUUUAGACGACAAAUGAACAAAUUCAGAAAUUUGGUUAGUUCAUAAACUCACCGAAUCGCCUGUUGCAAAAUACUUUUUUUCGGAUAUGGGUUAAAAUUAUUUUAAUUAGGUUAAUUAAUCAAUGAACCAAAUUUCGUAAUUGAUCCUUUUGACAACUGCCAGGCAUUUUAUAUGGACAAAUCACUUAAACACAUUUAUGGUGGGUUACACGCGCAUUUUGCAGAUCACACCAAGUGUGCAGGGUUUGUCAGUAUCCCUAUCGGAACAGCAUAUAGUUUGAUCGCUCGAACACUUCAAUCUACUUGGAUACAGUAAACAAUAGCCUUUAUUCCAGUUUCACAUUCGGACUGGGGCAUGCACGGAGGGAAUCAUAGAUCUACACAAAUACCAGCUACACAUUCCUGUUAUGUAAAUUUCCUGCAUUUAGAUAAAUGUCUGUCAUUUUACGGACACCUCAUCCAUGACUGUUGGAUAACUGCUAAUUUCUUUUAAUUGAUCUCGCAUCUCUUCUCUACUACUUUUGACCUGGAAUUUUAUAAUUUAACCCUUGCACUCUGCUGUUAGUUUGUCUGUACAGAAUAUUUGUGUUAUGUUAUUGUUUGGUCUGAUGUAUAAAAUAUUCACUUUGUGUUUUCUUUGGUUUGGAGUUUGCAAUAAAGUUUGAAGAGCUGACAUUGAAAUAUAAACCUAAUUUCUCUCUCAUUUUAUAUCGGUUGACGGUUGGAUUCCUUUCUAUAAACCACCCAUAUCGGUGCAAUGGGUCUUUUUGUUCAUCAGCUCCUGGUUUAUUGCAAGGUUUAACUUUGUAUAUUCAUUACGACUUUUCUCAAAGGAGUUUUAUGGUGACUAUUUUCUCGGUUUUCUCAGAGCAGUAUUUAGGUGAUAAUUCCCCUCUUUUCAUUCUAUGUUUUACCAAAUAGG